AUGCCUGGGUUGGUGGCAUUUCUAGCAGGCGGGCAGGAACAGGGAGCAGGCAGAGAGCGGGUGGAGAGCGGAGUGGGUGGCGGGGCGCGAUCUCCAUCUGAUGAUGUGAGUGGGCGAUAUGACACGCUGGGUCGAGGGCUGUCUCGAUGGAAACACCAGUGCCAGAGUCAUGUAAUGGAAGGAACCGCUGAUGGAUUGAUGAAGGAAUAUGGAGGGAGGGAGGGAAGAAGGAAGAUGGAGGGAGAUAGGAGAAAUGAAGGAAGAUGGCUGGUUCUUUUACGUGUGGCAACAUAAAAUGGCUGUACAGCACACGAGUCUAUUUUCCAUCUAUGUUGUUGGACAGUUUGCUGUAGCUAAAGGAAAAGGUAUACAGUAUACAAAACACACAAUGCAUCUGAGUCUGGAAAACUUUUUUUCUGUAACAUAGGAUUGCCAUGGGUCCAUACUGAGUGCUAUAUCUGUCGCAGGUACUUAGGCAGUGAAAUAAUAAAUAUGUUUUUAUGGGCUUAGUUCCUUUUAAAGCCAACAAUAUGUGCCCUCUAGCCUUGUGAGGAGCAGGCUUAACGGCUGAUCCCUUAUCUAUGGUGGUAAAACACAUCGGACAAUGCCUAGUCCGCUCACUCUCCACCAUGUGUGUUUGCACAUUUAAGCACUGGGGGGACUUUCUUUCAUUUUACAUUUUUGUCAUUUAGCAGACACUCUUAUCCAGAGCGACUUACAGUUAGUGAGUCCAUAUAUUAUUAUUUUAUUUUUCAUACUGGCCCCCCGUGGGAAUCGAACCCACAACCCUGGCGUUUCAAACGCCAUGCUCUACCAACUGAGCUACAUCCCUGCCGGCCAUUCCCUCCCCUACCCUGGACGACGCUGGGCCAAUUGUGCGCCGCCCCAUGGGUCUCCCGGUCGCGGCCGGCUACGACAGAGCUCUUUCAUUCCAUAUCUGAAUCUUUUCAACCAGCACGCUGUUGAAAACACAUACUGACAAUAUUAUUAACUUAAUAUCAUAGUAAUAAGUAACCUAGAAGUGGUUGAAUCACUAUUUGGCAAUAUUUUGCCACUAGCUGCAAGUUGUUAUAUUUUAAGUCAAGUCUUUAAAGGGAAUUGAAAGAUUUUGAAUUCAUUAGUAGCGUUGUGAUAAAAAUUUACCCUGAGAUUAUACAAAAUCAUGUUAAUUCCAUCUCCGGAUAAGCUGUUAGCAGUAGAGAGAUUCAUUUUUUGAGCUCAUCUUAAGACAGCACUUUGGACUGUACGAGUCAUUCUGAGCAAGAAGUUCUAAACCUUCCAACUAAAUUACAGUGUCCUUGAGCAGCUGGUGACAAGUAGAGCAAGGUCCUUUUCUCUCCCUAAUAACUUCCAGAUAGAGAGCCCUACUCCAGUCUGGAAAUGAGGCUGUAGCCCCGGCUGUAGAGAGAAUAAAGCUAAAUUACUAUACAGGCACUUGAUUUGGCUCUGAUCGCUGCCUGAUCUUUCAUUGCUAUACCUUUACCUUAAUUGAACUUCCUCAGUGUCGCUGUCAGGGGCGACAUGUAUGCGGUGAGUGAAGUCAAGCGCAGGACACAGAGAUACUAGCAGACAUACUUUACUAAUAGUAAAGAACAUACAAAACAAAACCUCCUAACAGGGAGGAAAACAAAUACACGUAUACGACAAAACAGCAAUGCCGAUACAGCCUAGACACAAAACAAUAACACACAAUACCAAACGAGAGACAUGGGUAAAUAUAGGGACUAUAAUCAAAACAUAAUAGACAACAGGUGUAACCACUCAAGACAGAACUAGACAAACACCGAAACAUCGAUCGGCAGUAGCUAGUACUCCGGGGACGACGAACGCCGAAGCCUGCCCGAGCAAGAAGGAGGAGCAGCCUCGGCAGAAUCCGUGACAGUAUCCCCCCCCCCCCCCUUGACGCGCGGCCCCAGCCGUGCGCCGACUCCAGCCUCGGGGACGGCCAGGAGGACGCGGAGCAGGGCGAGUCGGAUGACUCCGGUGGAACUCCGUCAACAGGGAGGGAUCUAGGAUGUCCCUCCUAGGGACCCAGCACCGUUCCUCCGGACCGUACCCCUCCCACUCCACGAGAUACUGCAGACCCCCCAUCCGACGUCUCGAAUCCACGAUGGAACGGACUGAGUACGCCGGAGCCCCUUCGAUGUCUAGUGGGGGCGGAGGAGCCUCUUGUAUCUCAUUCUCCUGGAGUGGACCAGCUAUCACCAGCCUGAGGAGAGACACAUGGAACGAGGGGUUAAUGCGGUAAUUUAUGGGCAGUUGUAACCUAUAACAUACCUCGUUCAAUCUCCUCAGGACUUUAAAUGGCCCCAAAAACCGCCGACCCAGCUUCCGGCAGGGCAGGCGAAGGGGCAGGUUUUGAGUCGAGAGCCAGACCCAAUCUCCAGGUGCAUAAACUGGACCCUCACUGUGGUGGCGAUCAGCGCUCGCCUUAUGCCUACUGAUAGCCCGCUGCAGAUGGACAUGCGCAGCGUUCCAUGCGCAGCGCCGAAACCACUCAUCUACCGCAGGAGCCUCGAUCUGGCUCUGAUGCCAGGGUGCCAGGACCAGCUGAUACCCCAACACACACUGAAAAGGAGUAAGAUUAGUGGAGGAGUGGCGAAGUGAGUUUUGGGCUAUCUCUGCCCAGGGGAUAUACCCCAACAAACUCCCCCUGCCGGUCCUGGCAAUAGGACCUCAGAAACCUACCCACAUCCUGGUUUACUCUCUCCACCUGCCCAUUACUCUCAGGGUGAAAACCCGAGGUAAGGCUAAUCGAGACACCCAUCAGACACUAUAUCCUCAGGCACCCCGUAGUGCCGGAAGACGUGGGUAAACAAGGCGUCGGCCGUUUGUAGGGGUGUAGGGAGACCUGGCAUUGGAAUGAGACGGCAGGCCUUAGAAAACCGAUCCACAACGACCAAGAUCGUGGUAUUCCCCUGGGAGGGGGAAGGUCCGUGACAAAAUCCACCGAUAGGUGAGACCACGGCCGUUGUGGAACGGGUAGAGGUUGUAACUUCCCUCUGGGCAGGUGUCUAGGCACCUUACACUGAGCGCACACCGAACAGGAAGAAAUGUAAACCCUCACGUCCUUAGCCAAGGUGGGCCACCAGUACUUCCCGCUAAGGCAGUGCACCGUUCAAUCAAUACCCGGAUGACCAGAGGAGGGAGACGUGUGAGCCCAAUAUAUCAGUCGAUCACGGACCUCGAGCGGCACGUACUUUCGCCCCUCUGGACACUCAGGAGGAGUAGGGUCUGUACGUAACGCCUGCUCGAUCUCCGCAUCGACCUCCCACACCACCGGUUCCACUAGACAAGACUCUGGAAGUAUGGGAGUGGGCUCAAUGGACCUCUCCUCUGUGUCAUAUCGCCGGGACAGGGCGUCUGCCUUCACGUUCUGUGACCCUGGUAUAUACGUGAGCUUAAAUACAAACCGGGCAAGAAACAUGGCCCACCUAGCCUGACGAGGGUUCAGUCUCCUCGCUGCCCGGAUGUACUCCAGGUUACGAUGGUCAGUCAGAAUGCGGAAAGGGUGUUUAGCCCCCUCAAACCAAUGCCUCCACACCUUCAGGGCUUGAACCACCGCUAGCAGCUCCCUGUCCAAAACCCCGGAUAAACCUCCGGUAGUAAUUGGCAAAACCCAAAAACCGCUGCACCUCCUUAACCGUGGUGGGAGUCUGCCAAUUACACACGGCUGAAACGUGGUCAAUCUCCAUCUCCACCCCUGACGCGGACAACCAAUGUCCCAGGAAGGAGAUGGACUCCUGGAAAAACAGGCAUUUCUCCGCCUUCACAUACAAGUCAUGCUCCAACAGUCUACCCAACACCCGACGCACCAGGGACACAUGCUCGGCUCGUGUAGCGGAGUAUAUUAGAAUGUCAUCAAUAUACACCACUACACCCUGUCCAUGCAAAUCCCGGAAAAUCUCGUCCACAAAUGAUUGGAAGACUGAAGGAGCAUUCAUUAAACCGUAUGGCAUGACGAGAUACUCAUACUGACCUGAGGUGGUACUAAAUACUGUUUUCCAUUCAUCUCCCUCCCUAAUGCGCACCAGUUUGUAAGCGCUCCUGAGAUCCAAUUUUGUAAAGAAUCACGCCCCGUGUAAUGACUCCGUCAUACUCGCAAUCAGAGGGAGAGGAUAGCUGUAUUUAAUGGUAAUCUGAUUGAGACCACGGUAAUCAAUACACGGGCGCAAACCCCCAUCCUUCUUCUUCACAAAAAAGAAACUCGAGGACGCAGGAGAAGUGGAUGGCCUUAUGUAUCCCUGUCCCAGAGAUUCAGUGACGUAUGUCUCCAUAGCUGCCGUCUCCUCCUGAGACAGAGGAUACACAUGACUACGAGGAAGUGCAGCGCCUGCCUGGAUGUCUAUCGCACAAUCCCUCUGUCUAUGAGGUGGUAAUUGAGUCGCCCUCUUCUUACUGAAGACGAGUGCCAAAUCUGUAUACUCAGGAGGAAUGUGCAUUGUGGGCAUUUGGUUCGGACUUUCCACCGUCGUUGCCCCUACGGAAACACCUAUACACCGCCCGACACACUGAUCAGACCAUUCCCUGAGAGCCCUCUGUUGCCAUGAAAUGUUGGGGUCAUGAGAUAUUAACCAGGGAAGCCCCAACACCACGGGAAACGCAGGAGAGUCAAUCAAAUACAACUGUAUAAUCUCCUCAUGACCCCCCUGCGUCUUCAUCUUAAGUGGCGCUGUGACCUCCCUAAUCAAUCCCGACCCAAAAAGGCGGCUGUCUAGGGCAUGGAUGGGGAAGGGCACAUCAACUGGUAUAAGGGGAAUCCCUAACUUAUACGAGAAACAGCGAUCGAUAAAAUUCCCAGCUGCGCCUGAAUCGACUAGCGCCUUAUGCUGGGAGUGAGAAGAAACCUCGGGAAACACAACUUUAAUACACAUGUGUACAACAGAGAGCUCUGGGUGAGUUGGGUGCUUACUCACCUGGAAUGACUCAUCAGUGCGUGGCCUGCUGCCUCGAUCCCUAGGAGACCCUCCCCAGCACCGAACCGCAGUGUGUCCUCUGCGGCCACAGUUGGUGCAGGGGACGGCCUCUCUCCUGGUCUCUCUCCUCUUCUCUCUAGCACCAGCACCCCAUGGAGCUCGGCUCAGAGGUGCUGGGGGAUGGAAUGGACGGCCCCAACUCCGGACGUCCGCUGGUAGCCAACAGGGUAUCCAGACGAAUCAACAUGUCCACCAGCUGAUCGAAACUUAGGUUGGUGUCCUUGCAGGCCAACUCUCGGCGAACGUCCUCCCUUAGGCUGCACCUGUAGUGGUCGAUGAGGGCCCUCUCAUUCCAUCCCGCAUUGGCAGCCAGAGUCCGGAAAUCCAGUGCGAAAUCCUGCGCGCUCCUCCUCCCCUGUCUGAGGUGGAACAGACGCUCACCCGCCGCUUUCCCCUCUGGGGGAUGAUCGAAAACCGCCCUGAAGCAUAGCUGACUGUAGCGGCGUCUAUUCCCCUCCACUCGGCGUUGGCCCACUCCAGUGCCUUGCCGGACAGACAGGAGAUGAGGGUGGAAACGCUCUCGUAUCCCGAGGGCGCCGGGUGGAUGGUUGCCAGGUAGAGUUCUACUUGGAGCAGGAAACCCUGACACCCGGCCGCGGUGCCAUCAUCAGCCCUCUGGAGCGAGAGCCGAAUCCCACUGGACUCCGGAGAUGGAACGAUGGGUAUGGCUGAUGGUGGUGGUAUCGUUGGAGGAGGUGUGGGCAAACCUCCUCUCUCCCAUCGCCUCAAGGUGUCCAUCACCCCUUGCAUGGCGGUGCCCAGGUCCUGGAUCAUGGCUACUUGGUGGAUUAUGCGCUCCUCCAGUGAUCCCGUUGGCACCGCCGAUCCUGCUGACUCCAUGAUGGUGUGUUAUUCUGUCAGGGGCGACGUGUAUGCGGUGAGUGAAGUCAAGCGCAGGACACAGAGAUACUAGCAGACAUACUUUACUAAUAGUAAAGAACAUACAAAACAAAACCUCCUAACAGGGAGGAAAACAAAUACACGUAUACGACAAAACAGCAAUGCCGAUACAGCCUAGACACAAAACAAUAACACACAAUACCAAACGAGAGUCAUGGGUAAAUAUAGGGACUACAAUCAAAACAUAAUAGACAACAGGUGUAACCACUCAAGACAGAACAAAACAAACACCGAAACAUCAAUCGGCAGUAGCUAGUACUCCGGGGACGACGAACGCAGAAGCCUUCCCGAGCAAGGAGGAGGAGCAGCCUCGGCAGAAUACGUGACAGUCGCUGAGAAGGGCAGAUGAUUCAAGGCUUUGAUCCGUGAGAUGAGGUCCAAAAAAAUAUUAAGCCAGGUCACAAGUUCAUGUAGCAAUAUUGGCUAUAUUUUCAGACUUCCUCCAUUUUAUUGACUUUAUUGACUUUUCUGAUGAUGAUGUUGUGCAUCUUGCUGUACAGUAAAGCAUGUGGAUUUUGAUACAUUUACCGAUGUGGAGAUACCUCUGCUUUUUAUGUUUGACUGUUCAAUUAUUUCCUGAUGAGAUUUUUGGACUAAAUGCUAAAUAGGCUUAAGUUACAUUGCCUUCAGCAAAACACACUGCCCCCUCACUAGAUCAUUAAUGUAUACCUUUCAUGUUGAACACUGUUUGUGUCCACAGUCAGUUUAUCUUGAUUAGAUCAGACUUUAUAACCCAGAUAUGAACAAACCUCUCCUUCAGAAACACCAUUGUAAAUCUUUAUGAAAUCAUGAAAAAAACACCCUAUGAUGUUGAUCCUAAUUUUGCAAAAGCCUCCAUGUUGCAGCCUUGAAUAAGCCCUUUAGUCAAAAUCAUAGCACAGAUUUCUCUUUGAUCCACCCCAAAGUGUAUUUGAUGAUGGGAACAAACACAAGGACUUUGUCCGGCUAAUUGGGGUGUUAUUUUGUUUGCUAGGACACCAUCUGAAACAGUCUCUGUGUGUGUGUGUGUGUGUGUGUGUGUUGUGGUACUGUUGGGACCCACGGCCCCAGCUGUAGGCCCUGUAUGAUAGAAUUACCCUGUUGAUUUAUGUGACGUCCUCCUCCCUCCCUACACCAGAGACACAGCUGGACGUGGGAGGGCAUUAGGGAUGUACUUUUAAACCCACGUACAGUUCCAACGUACCAAUACGCUUUGAUUUAAAAUAUACAAUGUUAUGCCAAUUAAAUAACAUUCCCUUUGAAUGUGUUCAGUUCUAUCAAAUUAUCAUAAAUUCUCUCCAAUGUACACUGUCUACAGUUAUGCAAAUUUAUUUAUAGGUAAAAUGUUUAUGAGUGGGUUUUAUUGUAUAGUUACAAUAUACAUCUGAAAUACAUUCUUAUUAUACAUUCUGACUGUAUUGAUUCAGAUUACUCUCAAUAUAAAGGGUUUCUGGUGUGAUAUUUGCAAUUCUUUCCUCAGGUAAAGAAUGUGUUGGACCAAGAGGGCUUCGGCCGACAGAAGCGAGGCUACAGAAGCAUUAAUGAAAUUCAUUUCAAAAUGACCGACCCCCUAUUCAGCAAACAGUGGUAUCUGGUGAGUGGUUAUCAUUCAUCCUAACAAGCUCAUAUUUCCUGACCUUUUAUAUCAGCCUCCAUUAUACUGUUUUAGCCACUGAUCACUGAUCCCAGACAUAUUCACUGCUUCUCCUCCUAUGGAGAUUAUGCAUUUUCAUUAGGCCAGUCAAUAUUGCCCAUGCCAUCUCAUCUCCCCGUUCAUGUCAGCCCCCUCCCCCAAUGUUUACCCUAAACUGACAAGUAUGACUUUCUUCCGGGGCCAAUAUGCCUUCCUUUAUUCCACUUGUCAGAUUAAACGCUCCCCAGUAGGUUCCCAGCAAAGUGCCAUAUCCGUGACAUUUACUUUUCCCCCUCCCUCCCUCCCAUCCUAGACAUCUCAUCUCUUCCUCCCCCUUCCUUCCCCUUAUCUUCCUCCAUGUUGAGUAAUUCUCUAAUGACCGCUCGGCUGGGUGUCCUGCGUCAUGGCCUGUCUCCAUAUUGUUUGUGUGACUGAUUAGAUCAACACUGGCCAGGCUGAUGGGACCCCCGGACUCGACCUCAAUGUGGCUGAGGCUUGGGGACUGGGCUACACCGGGAGAGGCAUCACCAUAGCUAUUAUGGACGAUGGUGGGUACCGGUAUAGGCCUUACAGUUGAAGUUGAAUCACUAUCUCAGUAGAGAUCAUCACUGGGAGUGUAGUUCUGGGCUGGAGCUAAAUUCUUUACACUAGGGGUGUCAAAUUUAUUUUGACUGGGGGCAACAUUCGGUCUUCACCAAGGUCCGGACGGUUGCACGGAAAAUCGGUUAUAUUUCCUCACUGUCAAAAUUUGAAAUUAACAAAAGUCUGCUAUCCAUGUUUCUUUUGAAUUUUUGAUUUGCCCUCAAUGUUGAGCUUUCUUUUCGGUGAUUGUUAGCAAGCUGGACAGAGUGAAGAGACUAUAAUGUAGAGCAACUAUCAUUUCUACACAGUUUCGAUUUGGUUUUAGUAAUAGAUUGACGUCGUAUUUUUAUUUUGUCAAACCACCCAUGGGCCACAUUGAAAUGGCUCGCUGGCCAGGGGCUGUAUGUUUGAUAUCCCUGCUUUACACCCUGUAGCUCUUCAAGACCAGAGUUGGCCAGUACACAGUGUGUCGAUUAGAAAUAGAUUUAAAGGUAUUAUUCAUCCACUUGUUAUUGUGGUUAAUUAUAGUUCAUUGUGACAAGGUAUCCACAUGUGGUUAAUUAACUAAUUACCUUUUGAAUAAAUUACAUGUACAGCGUACAUGUACAGACCAGCUCCCAAUUAGAAUGUAAUAAGCACAACGUAAAAUCAAAGUCUCCAUUUCCUGUUUGAGAUUUUCUUAUAAAAGUCAAAAUCUCCCAUCAAGACCUGUAUUAUUUUAAAGAAAAACUUAUAGCAUUACCUCAUUAAUUUCUGUUGAAAUUAUAUUUCAGGGAUCGACUAUCUCCACCCAGAUCUAGCAUCAAACUACGUAAGUACUUGAUCAUUUCACAAUCUUCUCCUCUAAUUCCCUGUAUUGCUGUUUUGAAAUAAAAUCACGCCUUGAAGUGCCGGUUUUGGCAGGUCUGUUGUUGAAUGCCAGUGGCGGUGCCAGUUGCAGGUGUAUUCCAAGUUUUCUGCAUGGUUGGCAAGUCUCCUUGUGUCCUUGGAGGACAGGGAGACGGGCAGCCGGCCAGCCAAGCUGUUUAAUGUUAAUGCGCUUACCACUGUGGCAGGCGGGAUGGCAGGCCGAUCUGUCACUAGCACAGAUAAUGCCAGGGUAGCUAGCGCCUCAUAAUGUGAUGCUCCAACUCCAGAAUAUUGAUAAUAACACCUCAAAGAACUGACAGUGUUACUGCCAAGAAAGCGGGAAAAGAGGAAGGAGUAAAAGUAAGGAACUCCCUCUUUGAAGAGUAUCUUAAAUAACUCUCACUGCGCACCCACGCUCCCAUCCCCCCAAAAAUCGAACUUGUCUUUUCCUACUAGCACUGACUUUGCUUAUUUUUAAUUUAAUUUAAUUGAACCUUUAUUUAACCAGAUAAACCAGUUGAGAACAAGUUCUCAUUUACAACUGCGACCUGGCCAAGAUAAAGCAAAGCAGUGCGAUAAAAACAACAACAACACAGAGUUACAUAUGAGAUAAACAAAAACGUACAGUCAAUAACACAACAGAAAAUCUAUAUACAGUGUGUGCAAAUGUAGUAAGUUAUGGAGGUAAGGCAAUAAAUAGGCCAUAGUGCAAUAUAAUUACAAUUUAGUAUUAACACUGGAAUGAUAGAUGUGCAGAAGAUGAUGUGCAAAUAGAGAUACUGGGGUGCAAAUUAGCAAAAUAAAUAACAAUAUGGGGAUGAGGUAGUUGGGUGGGCUAAUUACAGAUGGGCUGUGUACAGGUGCAGUGAUCGGUAAGCUGCUCUGACAACUGAUGCUUAAAGUUAGUGAGGGAGAUAAGAGUCUCCAGCUUCAGAGAUUUUUGCAGUUUGUUCCAGUCAUUGGCAGCAGAGAACUGGAAGGAAUGGCGGUGAAAGGAGGUGUUGGCUUUUGGGAUGACCAGUGAGAUAUACCUGCUGGAGCACAUACUACGGGUGGGUGUUGCUAUGGUGACCAAUGAGCUAAGAUAAGGCAGGGAUUUGCCUAGCAGUGAUUUAUAGAUGACCUGGAGCCAGUGGGUUUGGCGAUGAUUAUGUAGUGAGGGCCAACCAACGAGAGCGUACAGGUCACAAUGGUGGGUAGUAUAUGGGUCUUUGGUGACAAAACGGAUGGCACUGUGAUAGACUACAUCCAAUUUGCUGAGUAGAGUGUUGGAGGCUAUUUUGUAAAUGACAUCGCCAAAGUCAUUUGACAGGCCUCCUGUAGCUCAGUUGGUAGAGCAUGGCGCUUGCAACGCCAGGGUUGUGGGUUCGAUUCCCACGGGGGGGCCAGGUAUGAAAAAUGUAUGCACUCAAUAACUGUAAGUCGCUCUGGAUAAGAGCGUCUGCUAAAUUACUUAAAUGUAAGUCAAGGAUUGGUAGGAUAGUCAGUUUUACGAGGGCAUGUUUGGCAGCAUGAGUGAAGGAGGCUUUGUUGCGAAAUAGGAAGCCGAUUCUAGAUUUAACUUUGAAUUGGAGAUGCUUAAUUUAAAAUUUUGAUUUCACCUUUAUUUAACCAGGUAAGCCAGUUGAGAACAAGUUCUCAUUUACAACUGCGACCUGGCCAAGAUAAAGCAAAGCAGUGCGAUAAAAACAACAACACAGAGUUUCAUAUGGGGUAAACAAAACAUAAAGUCAAAAAUACAACAGAAAAUAUAUAUACAGUGUGUGCGAAUGUAGUAAGUUAUGGAGGUAAGGCAAUAAAUAAAUAGGCCAUAGUGCAAAAAUAGUUACAAUUUCGUAAUUAACACUGGAAUGAUAGAUGUGCAAAAGAUGAUGUGCAAAUAGAGAUACUGGGGUGCAAAUUAGCAAAAUAAAUAAAUAUGUGAGUCUGGAAGGAGAGUUUACGGUCUAACCAGACACCUAGGUAUUUGUAGUUGUCCACAUAUUCUAAGUAAGACCCGCCAAGAGUAGUGAUUCUAGUCGGGUGGGCGGGUGCAAGCAGCGUUCGAUUGAAGAGCAUGCAUUUAGUUUUACUAGCGUUUAAGAGCAGUUGGAGGCUACGGAAGGAGUGCUGUAUGGCAUUGAAGCUCGUUUGGAGGUUUGUUAACACAGUGUCCAAUGAAGGGCCAGAUGUAUACAAAAUGUUGUUGUCUGCGUAGAGGUGGAUAUGAGAGUCACCAGCAGCAAGAGCGACAUCAUUGAUAUACACAGAGAAUAGAGUCGGCCCAAGAAUUGGGGGGGGGGGGGCUUCGGCAAGUUGCAGCAGAGGUUGCAGAGCUGAUUGCCAGGGUAGGGGUAGCAGGUAGAAAGCAUGGCCAGCCGUAGCAAAAUGCUUGUUAAAAUUUUUGAUUAUUGUAGAUUUAUCGGUAGUGACAGUGUUUCCUAGCCUAAGUACAGUGGGCAGCUGGGAGGAGGUGCUCUUAUUCUCCUUGGACUUUAUAGUGUCCCAAAACUUUUUGGAGUUAGUGCUGCGGGAUGCAAAUAUCUGUUUGAAAAAGCUAGCCAUUGCUUUCCUAACUGAUUGUGUAUAUUGGUUCCUGACUUCCCUGAAAAGUUGCAUAUCGCGGGGGCUGUUUGAUGCUAAUGCAGUACGCCACAGGAUGUUUUUGUGCUGGUCAAGGGCAGUCAAGUCUGGGGUGAACCAGGGGCUAAAUCUGUUCUUAGUUCAGAAUUUUUGAAUGGGGCAUGCUUAUUUAAGAUGGAGAGGAACGCACUUUUAAAGGACAACCAGGCAUCCUCUACUGACGGAAUGAGGUCAAUAUCCAUCCAGGAUACCCGGGCCAGGUCAAUUAGAAAGGCCUGCUCGCUGAAGUGUUUUAGGGAGUGUUUGACAGUGAUGAGGGGUGGUCGUUCGACUGUGGACCCAUUACGGACGCAGGCAAUGAGGCAGUGAUCGCUGAGAUCCUGGUUGAAGACAGCGGAGGUGGUCGUCGCAACGGGAAGCCUGUUGAAACCACAUCAGACGGUUACGUCGGCAGACCAGUCGGUCGUGAUGGAUCGGCGGGGCUCCGUGUCAACACUUGGAGGUCCCGUCCCGUUGACAGAGAGGUAGAUAGCCGGGAGAUGGGCCUGGCUCGAGGCUAACUCAAGGCUAACUGGGGCUUGCUUCGGGACAGUGGUGAUUAGCCAACAACAACAACAGCCAUUUGGUUGCAGCUAACUAGUUGCGAUGAUCCGGUGUUAAGGUCCAGUGAUUCAGUGAUUCCAGCAGAAAAUCCUAUAUGCUCUGGCUCAAUAGCGCGAUAUGCAGACUGGCCGAUAAUUGUCCAGGCUAGAGCUGGCUGAUAGGUAGUGCAGGCCACAGACAAUGGUGAAGACCGCUAACGGUGGCUAAUAGCAAGUAGCUAGAUAGCUGGCUAGCUGGCUAGUUUCAGCUGGAGGUUCUAGAUAAAAAGUUGUUGUAUAAAGAAAAAAUUGAAUCCGUUCCACAUUGGGUGAAGCGGGUUGCAGGAAAGUAUAUUUAGGAUGGAAAGUGAGAUUGAGAAAUAUAUACGAAAAAGACAAAAAAACUAAAAACUGGCUAUUUACAUGAGGACACUACAGAAAACACGACCGGACUGCUACGCCAUCUUGGACCAGCUUAUAAAUACUUUGUUGAGGGAAAAUGUAAUUGAUACGAUUGUGAUAUGUUUUUGUCUCACCUAGCUAUCUUAAGAUGAAUGCACUAAUUGCAAUUCACAAUGGAUAAGAGCGUCUGAUAAAUGACUAAAAUGUAAAUGUAAAAAUGGAACUCUGACUAUUAACAUUGCAGUACUAGUGAACAUCUCCGGACUAUGUACUCAAUAAGCUCAGUGUUAAAUGGCCAACUGAUUAAAUCCUGAAAUGGCUGUUUUGUUUUGACUGAUAGUGAGAGCUGUGAAUCUUAUCGUGCCAGAUCGGAGCCAAUGACAGAUGCGUUUAUAGCAGGAUGCCCAAUGCUGAUACAGGGAACCAGUCAUGUCUUUUGUAAAACAGCACCAUCCAAUACUGUGUUCUUUUAUGGAGACACAGUAAUGAACAACACUGAAAGGCUUUGCUGCAUAGAUGUAGUGACACACACACACACACACACACACACACACACACACACACACACACACACACACACACACACACACACACACACACAGCCUUUCCUCCAUCCCAUUUUCUCUCUCCUUACAUUUUGGAAAGAUUUAGAGCUUCAGAGAUGAGGUGGGAGGGAGAGAGAGGAAGGGAGAGAGUUGAUUAAAUGUAAACAUUUUUCUUUCACUCUGAGGAUAUUGGAAAAAAGGGAGUUAUUUCAAGACAGGCAAGGAAACUAGAUCUCUUAGAGCCUCAUACUGUGUGCAGUUCUACUCAGCUUUUCAGCUUUAAACUGUCAAAAAAUUUAUGGUUCAUGCAUGAUUCCUGUGUGUGUGUGUGUUUAUUUCUUGCCUGUGAACAGGGAUGAGUCUUAGCCCCAAAAUAGCCCACCGUGAUUGUGGCAGUCGGGUUGAUGCUGGAGGAGCAUGCUCUGCUGGGCUAAUGGAUCAUGCUGUGUAAGAAUCUAAAACUAACUUAGUGCUACACAUGUCCUGUGUGUGUGUGUGGUGUAUUUUUGUGGUGUAUUUGUGUGAUAUAUAUAAGUGUGUGUUUGUAUAGAUCUCUGUUUUCUGAUCUUUUCAUGCUGAUCCUCUGCAGCAAUAACAAUGGGAUGAUUCCCCCAACCAUCAGUGUAACUAUAAGGCAUUGAAUAUGCUAUUCAUCAUUCAAUUGAGGUUUAUAUAAAUGUGUGUGAGUGUGUGUCUGAGUGUGUGUGUCUGAGUGUGUGUGUGUGUGUGUGUAAGAGGCUGAUAAACUAAUUUAGUGCAUCUUCACGCUCUUCCAGGGCCGAAGUUGUUGGUUUAUUUCUCUACCUAUUUCCCCGAAGACUACAAACACUGCAAUCAGCCACUAUUGAUUGGUCUUCAUUAGUAUGUGCAAGAGCACACGUUUAUAUAUAUAUAUAUGUGUGUGUGUGUGUGUUUAUGUGUGUGUGUGUAGGGAUGCCACAUUCUAUAACACCUUGAAUGAAAUGGUUUUCUUGUACUAAAUUAUUUAUCUUAAUUUCGCCAUUAUCUUUGUGACAAAGAGUUGUUAAAGACCCAGUGCAGUCAGAAAUGUGAUUUACCUGUGUUUUAUAUAUAUUUCCACACUAUGAUGUUGGAAUAAUACUGUACAAUUUUGAAAAUUAUGAUAAUGCCCUUUUAGUGGAAGAGAUAUUUGAAAAGACCGCCUGAAAUUCAGCCUGUCUUGAUGGGAUGGAGUUUUGGCCUGCCUGGUGAAUUAGUUAAUAGACCAAUAAGAAAGAGAGUUCCAAAUCUCUCUGUCUAUAACAGCUAUUUUUCCAAUUUCCCCUCCCCAUUCAAACCACUCCCAGUCCUAGCUCUUCUCUAAGAAGCAUAUUUUGUUUCUUUUUGACCAUUUUUAUUGAAAACAAUCACGAUAAGGUACUUAAUUGUUACCCAGAAAUGUGAUAUUGAGAUAGAAAUGGCUGCAUUGGAGCUUUUAGAAUUUAUGGCCUAUUGAACGACAGUUAAAUCCAAAACCAGUCAAUGUAAUUUCAUGCCAGGCUCUCGCUCUGGAUGGUGAUGCACUCAAUAAAUAGGCAAGAUUAGUAACUCUACCACAGUGGCAUUGUCGUUACUAUAAUAUGAAAGGUGAAUGGAGGGUGUUUUCCAGGCGAUGUUGUAAAGCUCGUUCACGAGUGCACAAAUAUAGUAUGGCUCUGAUUUAUCAAUGAAAACGUGUAUAUGUUGCGUGAUAAACACAAUAAUUUGAUGCACACGCAAAUUCUAGAAUCUCCACGUAUGCCAGAAUUUAGGGAGAAGGUUGAUAUAUGAGACCCCAGGGAACUUUGACAAGGACAUUCCAUAUUCAAAAGCUUCUGACCGUACAGCUCCUUUGCAUUAUUAUACUUUGUUUGUUCAUAAUGAGAAUAUAAUAAGUGGUGCUCAGAGAGAUGGCCGAUACAGAAAAGCAGUAGACUGUAGUGUUUGGCAUCUUUUUGUCCCUGAGUCAUUCCUAUCCUGUUAAAUGUCAACGGUAUCUCACUAAGGUCUGAGCUGGCUUCUGGCCCGGUGAAUGAUCUGAUGGGUUCAGCUCUAUACUCCUAAUGAGGACCGCCACACUCUCACCGCCAUCUCCCUCAUUUCUCUGGUGACGGGGCACACAACUCUGUAAAAACCCCAUGAGUCACGAACGCCACCCAGAAAGACAACAAACUACGAAUAGAGAAAUGAGGGAGAAUGGUGAUUAGAAAAGACAGGGGCUUUUGAUUGUGACUGAGAUGAAGGAGAGAGGAAGAUGAGAGAGAGAGGAGUGGAAAGUUAUAAAGAGAGAGAGAAAGAGAGACUGACAAGAGACUUGUUGAAGGUGGCUGGUUGAACGUUUUUUGGUUAGAAGAGUGGAAAAAGAGGACGAGGAACGUGAAAGACAGAGUGGCUUUCAGACAACAAGAGAGUUUGAGGGAGACAUCCUUUCAAGAUUGUUUCGAUAUAGCAAUGUCAAAGAGAAGCAAGUGCGAUAGAAAAAGAGGGAGAGGUGUAAAAAGAGAAAAAGAGUUUGAGAGUAAAGAACAGAUAGAGAUUCCUGUAAUGGUUGGUGGAUUUAUAGAUUUACGUGUGUGGGUGUGUGUGUGCAUGCCUACGUGAGUGUGUGUGGAUAAGAGCGUCUGCUAAAUGACUAAAAUGUAUAUGUAAAUGUGUGUGUGAUUCUUCUGCAGAGCAGGCAUUUGCUGAUUACGCAGGCUGGUUUGAUGACUCUCCAACAGAUGUGUGCAUCUAAUGCAUCUGUUUUCUCCUGCUUUUCCGCUGUUAUUUCCGCUCCUAUUACUUUUGGCCACGUGGAAUUAAAUGGCGGGAGUAAUUGGUGUGUCAGUGUCUCAGCCGCUCCUGUUUGAAAUUGUCUUCAUAUUAAUAUGGUCCACGUGACAUACAGUAUUUCCAUCAGACUGAAAGGUUUUCAUUAUAGCAUGCUUGGCAUGAGGACAUUCUAAACAAUUAUUUCUCGAAGCAAUCAACCUUUAAAGGUCCCGCACAGUCAUCCUAUUUCCCAAAUAAAAAUAGCCUUUGAAUGACCAAAAGAUCACCCAUAAUAAUUUUACGUUAUUAAAAUGCUCAGAAAUUACGAAAUGUUACCUUUUCCCUCAUCUCUAACUAUCAGGAAGCUUGAAAAAACAGGCUGAGUGAGCAGGGAGCUUAGGGAUGGAAGAACAAAAACCAUAUAGUGACUAUUAGGUGUGUUACAGAAAAUAUAUCGUUCACAAGUUGCAUUGUCUAACGUUAACCCCCUGAUCCUCCAAAAAUGUUGGCUACUAUAUAUGGCAAUGGCUAUUUGCAUAUAGGCCUACUGCAACUCGGAGUACGGACCUGUGUAGAGUAGGGACCUGAGUCGUGCCUGUUAAUGCAAUAGAAUCCUACUCCAAUGCAGUCUGCCUAAAAGAAAAUCUCUUGCACAGUUAGUUUUGCAUACUGUCUUGCAUAGUUAGUUUUGUUUCGGUAUGUUACAUUGAAAGUGGCUAAUAUUGCGUUGAUUCGAGCACAAUUCCCACAGUAGAGCGAAAAGUUGAUAGUCUUAACUGAAGGGGAAAACUAGAAAGCAGAGUGAAGUUCAAUCUCGUGUUUCUCUGCAUGGGCUGAUAUUUAUUCUGUGCGGCAGUCCAAGGGGAGAUGCGCAUGCACACAGCUUAGAGGGAACAUAGAUGCAGAGAGGCAGCUACAACAAAAACAUCAGUUCAGUCUUUAGUAAAGCAGGCACAUCACAGCAGUCUAGGUUGGGUCUGGACAAGACAAGACUAGAUUUGAGAAGGUCAUUGCACCUUUAAGGGAUGCUCUGUACUUUUGUGUUAACGCUACUUGUUUCCCCCUCAAUCUUCCUCCUGUUGUUUCUUGUACUCUGCCUGAUUUUAACGGUUUGUGUCCUGUCCUUUCAGAAUGCCGAGGCCAGCUAUGACUUCAGCAGCAAUGACCCAUACCCGUAUCCCCGCUACACGGAUGACUGGUUUAACAGGUAAAGACUAACUGGCCAGCCAGUGUCCCUCUAAAGUCAUCUGCCCCAAAGCAUUCAUCAAUCAGCUAUAGUUUUAUUACUGUUUUUCAAUUUGUGGGUGUGUGUGUGUGUUACCUGUUAGUGUAUUCAAUUAUGUGUGUGUAAGUGUGUGUAUACACUCAUGAAAAAAGGUGCUAUUUAGAACCUAAAAAGGUUAUUUGGCUGUCCCCAUAGGAGAACCCUUUGAAGAACCCUUUUGGUUCCAGGUAGAACCCUUUUGAGUUCCAUGUAGAACCCAUUCCACAGAGGGUUCUACAUGGAACCCAAAAUAGUUCUACAUGGAACCAAAAAGGGUUCUAUGGGGACAGCCCGAGAACCCUUUUGGAACCCUUUUUUCUAAGAGUGUACUUGUGUGUGCAUGCAUGAGUGUGUGCUUGUAGAGGAGUGAGUUAGGUGAGCCUAGGGUCGGAUAUACUCUGUUCUCCUUGGCUUGCCCAUGGUAUGGCAGGUCUCAUAGUCUGUAUUGAUGUUCUCUCCACGUAGCUCUAGUCAGUGAUAUCUGUGGGCACUCAUAGCUACUGCACUAUUACUGAAGUGUUAUUGUCCACAAAACAUAUGGCCCAAACUAGUUAUUAAGGAGAUAGAUGGAUAUUAUAUUAGGGAAGGCAGGUACUGCGGGUCACAGUACAUUGUGUGGGGCAAUUGCAAACCCAUGUAUUCCUGCAUAUCUCUGAGUUGAAGUGAAGAUCGUCUGAAAAGUGAAGGAUCUACUUAAUUAGAUAGCUUGUCAUCUGUAGAGUAUUUACACAGAGUGUUGCAUUUCCUGGCCCUUUCCUUCCGGUGAUGUAAAUCUGCCUACACAAUGCACUCUGUGAGAUCAUCUAUGAGAGAUACAGUGCUAUGAAAAAGUAUUUGCCCCCUUUCUAAUUUUAUCUACUUUUGCAUAUUUGUGAUACUGAAUGUUAUCAGAUCUUCAACCAAAACCUAAUAUUAGAUAAAGGGAACAUAAGUGAACAAAUAACACAACAAUUAUAUAUUUAUUUCAUAAACAAAGUUAUGCAACACCCAAUUCCCCUGUGUGAAAAAGUAAUUGCCCCCUUACACUCAAUAACUGGUUGUGCCACCUUUAGCUGCAAUGACUCCAACCAAAUGCUUCCUGUAGUUGUUGAUCAGUCUCUCACGUCGCUGUGGAGGAAUUUUGGCCCACUCUUCCAUGCAGAACUGCUUUAACUCAGUGACGUGUGGGUUUUCAAGCAUGAACUGCUCGUUUCAAGUCCUGCCACAUCUCAAUUAGGAUUAUGUCUGGACUUUGACUAGGCCAUUCCAAAACUUCAAAUUUGUUGCUUUUUAGCAAUUUUCAUGUAGACUUGAUUGUGUGUUUUGGAUCAUUGUCUUGCUGCAUGACCCAGCUGCGCUUCAGCUUCAGCUCACAGACGGAUGGUCUGACAUUCUCCUGUAGAAUUCUCUGAUACAGAGCAGAAUUCAUGGUUCCUUCUAUUAAGGCAAGUCGUCCAGGUACUGAGGCAGCAAAGCAUCCCCAAACCAUCACACCACCACCACCAUGCUUGACCUUUGGUAUGAUGUUCUUACUGUGGAAUGUGGUGUUUGGUUUUCGCCAGGCAUAAUGGGACCCAUCUCGUCCAAAAAGUUGACUCAAGUUUGUCAAAAAGCACCUGGAUGAUCAUCAAGACUCUUGGAAGAACGUUCUAUGGACAGAUGAUUCAAAUGUAUAACUUUUUGGACGACAUGGUUCCAGUAAUGCCUGGCGAAAACCAAACUCUACAUUCCACAGUAAGAACAUCAUACCAAAGGUCAAGCAUGGUGGUGGUGGUGUGAUGGUUUGGGGAUGCUUUGCUGCCUCAGGACCUGGAUGACUUGCCUUAAUAGAAGGAACCAGCACCCCCCCCCUCUUGGGGGUGCCUCUCGCCUGUCCUACGACGGCCCGGUUGGCGCCGCUUCUCCUCUCCUGCCUGGGUCUCCCCCUUCAUCGCCCUCCGGUAACGGACGGCCUCCUCCUCCGUGAUCUGCCCCCAACAGAGGAGGACAUCCACUAACGUUACCUCCGGCGUUUGCUCCUGGACACGCUGCUUGGUCCUGUAUUGGUGGGAUCUUCUGUCACGUUCGUCAUAAUGAUUGGACCAAGGCGCAGCGUGAUAUGCGUACAUCUUUUUAAUAAUGUACUGGCAACACGAUACAAAUAACAAAACAACAAACGAUACGUGAAGUCCUCGGUUAACAACACAAACCAACACGGAACAAGAUCCCACAAAACACAAGUGCACAACAGGCUGCCUAAGUAUGGUUCCCAAUCAGAGACAACAAGCAACAGCUGAUUCUCGUUGCCUCUGAUUGAGAACCACCCCGGCCAACCUAGAAAACACAUGAACUAGAAACUGAACAUAGAACACAAAACAUAGACCCCUACACACCCUGGCUCAACAUACAAGAGUCCCCAGAGCCAGGGCGUGACAGAUCAACAACUACAGGAAGCAUUUGGUUGGAGUCAUUGCAGUUAAAGGUGGCACAACCAGUUAUUGAGUGUAAGGGGGCAAUUUAUUUUUCACACAGGGGAAUUGGGUGUUGCAUAACUUUGUUUAUGAAAUAAAUAUGUAAUUGUUGUGUUAUUUGUUCACUUAUGUUCCCUUUAUCUAAUAUUAGGUUUUGGUUGAAGAUCUGAUAACAUUCAGUAUCACAAAUAUGCAAAAGUAGAGAAAAUUAGAAAGGGGGCAAAUACUUUUUCAUAACACUGUACAUAGCGAUACGGAGGCCAGAUUGGCAUCGGUCCAAUCUCUCCUGGCUGCAGUGCUCACAGAGGCAACCUUAUGUCCGAUAGCGCCCUAUCUCUCUCCCAUCGCUACUUCACACUGCAUGACCCACUGCUGCUGAUGGCACCUCAAGGACUAGAUGAUUAAACAGAGAGAACACCAUCCACACUCACUGCUCUCCUCUCUCCUCCACACAUAUCUGUGUGUUUGUGUCUGUGUGUGUGUGUUGUAUUGUAUUUAUUGUGCCUGUUCGUCAAUGCAUGCCUAGCUGUCAGCCAGGAUGUGACACUAGACACCUCAGUGUUGCCGCUGCUGAGUUAGUGCAGCACAGGACUAGUUGGGUAAUUAGUUGGUUGUAUAUAAACAGCAGACUGUCUGUGGCAAGGCAUGCUGGGAGAGCAGAGAGGGUUCACUGCAACUACCCUGUGGGAAGCCCACACAGGGAUACUCACACACACACACACAAACAUGCAGACACAUACGCACGCACAACACAAGACUGCCCUCGUAUGCCCUUCUAAAAUGCUACCUCCUCAACCAACCAUCUGAUUUGAAUGCAAAUCGGAGAUUCUAUCAAUUUCUUAAUCUUCUUUCAAAUGGAUGAAUGUGGUAGGAACUAGGGAUGUGGCGGCAUGACAUUUUGUCAGCCAGUUAUUGUCAUGCAAAAGACUGCCGGUCUCAUGGUAAUUGCCAUUCAUUAAUAUAAACAUGUUUAGCAUCUUCAGGCCUCCACGCAUACAAGCUGCAUACAAGCCGCUGAUGCAACCCUUUGGAACAUCUACAUUUAACAAAGUCUAAUAAAUCAAUUUAAUUUACACAAUCACAGUUAAUCCAGUAUUUAUUUUAGUCAGGUCUAAAGAAACAUGAUGUGAAGAAAAUGUAUUUCAGAAGAACAGAAUAUUAGUUGACCUACUGUAUGUUAUCUGCCAUAGGCUGUAGACUUGUUCAUUUAGCUGACAAGAUAAGUCCCGUGCCAUUAUUUUAUAUUAUAUGAUUUUAUAGUAAGAAGAAAAUAAUUGAACAAUAUGUGGUAAAAGACCUGAUACAUUGACGAGUAACCAAGUCCCACUAUGUUUUCCAACUUUAUCCCCAUUCCCCAAUCUACCUGUGUGUUUCUGUGUGUAGUCAUGGAACAAGGUGUGCUGGUGAGGUGUCUGCAGCAGCCAACAACAACAUCUGCGGAGUGGGAGUGGCCUACAACUCUAAGGUGGCAGGUAUGUAGACAACUGUAAUACUGUGGUAAAUAACAGCUGGCUUUGAAGUAAAAGUACUAGUGAUCACAGUAAUGUUAGAUAACGUGUAAAAGUGGCGGUGAUAAUAACAAUACUAAUGGUAGCUAUACUCAAUAAUAAUAAUAUUAUUGUCCAUCUUACUUAACUCAUAAUUACCUAAAAUUGUGAAAUACAUCUUGUAAUUAUAAAGUAUGCCACACCGAAUAAUAAUGGACACAGUAUGUUCUCCACAGACACUCCCCAGUAUUGACCAGCUUGACUGACCAGCUUGUGAACUCACAGACAAAUUAUACCAAAUUACUGUAAAUGUGAGAAUGCAGCUGGAGCAAAAUGACAACAAAAUCAAUGUAGACAAUUCCAUUCCUCCAUUUCUUAUUGAAGUAUCCCUAUGAUAUUGCUCUGGAAUCAGCAAUAUAGAGGACAAGAAAAUAACUAUUGGCGAUUUGAUUUGUCCACUCAUCCAGAAACCUGGCGUCAGUUCAGUUUGUCAUCUAGUUUAUCUUCAAACUGUCAACGCUUUGCUUUGGGUGAAAUUCAAAUUUCCAGUGGAAAGACUUCUUCAUCAGUAUGUUGUUAAUAUCCUCGAGGUCAUCCAUUUCCAUAGAGGUUGAAAGGAGUUGUGGAAGCACCCUAUUGAAGGCUUUGAUGUUAAAAUUAAUUGGUUUUGAGAUUUCAUUAUGUACCCAACUUUUCCUCCAAAUAGAUGCAUCAAGGGUGGCUGAAUAUGUUUCAUACAUACAGUUUGUAUAAAGACGGGCCAAACAUAAGGAGAUGUAGGUUAAACUGUAGCACCAACACAAAUUACCUCAUCUUAAUCAGAGUUAGAUAAAUUAGCCACCAGCCCCCUCUUCUUGUGCUCAUCAUCAGCACCUUUUAUUGUCAUGGCAAUGCUACACAAGCCCAUAAGGGCUCUUAGCAAAAAAUAACCAUAUAAAGAUACUCAUAUCAACUGGUUGGUAACCGGUACAUUUAGUUAUAAAGUACUUACUCCAGUUUUUAAAGCAAUAGUCAAGCCAUACAAAAUAUAUUAGGUCAAAAGUGGCUUAGUAUUAUAAUAAUGUGUAACCAAUGGCUUGACUGAUUCAUUUGAUAGACAAUGUGUAUCUUACAAUACCUGUCUCUCCCCACCCAUCCUCUCCUCCACCCCCAGGUAUCCGUAUGCUGGACCAACCCUUCAUGACGGACAUCAUUGAGGCAUCAUCCAUCAGCCACAUGCCCCAGGUCAUUGACAUCUACAGUGCCAGUUGGGGGCCCACCGACGACGGCAAGACAGUAGACGGACCCCGAGAGCUCACUUUGCAGGCCAUGGCUGAUGGAGUCAACAAGGUACACACACACAAACACACACUGGGCUGACUGGGGAUAGCAGGCUUAUAUUUUGAUUUGAUUUGAUUUAUAGAGUACCUGUACUUGUCUUACUGGGGUAACUGGGUUCUUUGAAAAGGCAUACAGUACAUGAGACUCAAGUCACAGAAUAGGAAAAAGAACAGCCUUGCUGUUACACACGUUCACAGACACCCCCAGACACACACAGUUAGUUAGCCUACUGCCAGUGCCAGUAGCAAUUAGCUGCUUGAUGAUUCAUAAUACCAUGCAGGGGGGUGGUCUGAUCUGCUCUGACCUUGUCUCAGCCAGUGUUGCUGAGUAGGUGCAAAAUGUGCUCUAAGCCUGGCUAAGAUAAACACAACUAAUUCUCUCAUACUAAUGAUCACAGAUGUAAACCAUUACGUAGGCUAAGCAUGAUGCACGUUGUACAACAACAAAAAUAGCACUUUAUUUUCAACCAACCUAAGAUGAGAAUAAUUAAAUAAAAAUGUUCUUCCAUUAAACAGCCAUGCAUGCUUUUUUAAAUUCUCUCCAACAGCUGGGGAACACUUGUCACCCCUGCCCCGGUACAAUCACUUCACUCUAAACGAGGCACUUAGUUUGCAUCUUGAGCAAGGUGGCUUCGUUUGGCAAAUUGACGUGGAUAAUAAUAAAAUAAAUCACAUGGAAUAUUCUGGAAGUGGUGCUAGAUACAUAAGAGUGCUUCAUUGGGGGAGCGCUGGAGACAGUAGCCAUGCACAUAUGUAAUCUCACUGUAUUUCAAACAGCACUUUGCAAUUGAAAUGGAGAGGCAGGAAUAUAUGUGGAGAGAGGGACACGUAAAUCAGGUUUACCUAGAUCAGGGGUUACCAACCUAGGCGACCUUCCUUGAUUUGAGGGGGGAAAUAUAUACAGUUGCGGCCAAAUAUAUUGGCACCCUUGCACUUUUCUUAAAUAAUUCAAUAAACCCAGUCACUACAAAGAUACAGCCGUCCUUUCUAACUCAGUUGACGGAGAGGAAGGAAACCGCUCAGGGAUUUCACCAUAUCACUGUUAUUUUACUUAUCUAUUGUUUACUUAACACUUAUUUUUCUUAAAACUGCAUUGUUGGUUAAGGGCUUGUAAGUAAGCAUUUCACUGUAAGGUCUACACCUGUUGUAUAUACAUGUAACAAAUACAAUUUGAUGUGAUUUGAUUUGAUUCACCUGUAUCUUUGUAGUGACCGGCUGUAUUGAUACCAUCCAAAGUGUGAUUAAUAAUUCACCAUUCUCAAAGGGAUAUUCAAUGUCUGCUUUUUCUUUUUUUUUUACCCAUCAGCCAAUAGGUGCCCUUCUUUGCGAGGCACUGGAAAAUCUCCCUGGUAUUUGUGGUUAAAUCUUUUGUUUGAAAUUCACUGCUCGACUUCAAUGCACAUUUCAUGUGUUUUUUUGAAAGGGAAGUCAUAUGGGGGUUUUAAGGUAAGUGGUACGCUGUUCAGCUAAAAUAGUGGAAACAUUUUUAAUCAAUAUGAUUACAUUUAGCAUGAUCACUUAGUGCUGACUUUUCAAUAUGACCCCAACUGGGAUUUAAACUCAUAAUCUCUGAAUUUGGGGUAAACUGACCUUUCUGCUGCACCACAAAGUCUCUAGCAUUCUCAGAACUUCCCUACAGAUUCAUUACCUAUUCAUUACUUAUUACUUAUAUUAUUGACACAGACAUGGUGGUGUAGCAGGAGCUUCAGAAUGCUGUGAACCAAGAUGUUGUGAGUUCAAAUCCCAUGUUAGGACAUGUUUAAAAAAAAAAAGAUGUAUGGAUAAACAUACACAAUGUAAUCAUGUGUGUCAAAUAUGUACGUUGAGAAGGCUGAUGACGUUCUGGGGACAUCCCAAUGACUCAAUCGUGUUUGCAGGGCAUCACCUGUGAAAUCUCAUUUGUGAGAAAUAUCAUCACAUAGGAAGGAUUUCACAUGUGAAGUCAUGUGAUUAUUCUCAGUAAGGGAACAAACAAGAACCAUUCCUGCGAGACUCUUAUAAAGUUAAAUCAAAUCAAAUCAAACUUUAUUUGCCACAUGCGCCGAAUACAACAGGUGUAGACGUUACAGUGAAAUGCUUACUUACAAGCCCUUAACCAACAAUGCAGUUUUAAGAAAAAUAAGUGUUAAGUAAAAAAUAGAUAAGUAAAAAAUCAAAUAUAAAACAAUUAAAGAGCAGCAGUAAAUUAAAAUAACAGUAGGGAGGCUAUAUACAGGGGGUACCGGUACAGAGUCAAUGUGCGGGGGCACAGGUUAGUCGACGUAAUUGAGGUAAUAUGCACAUGUGGGUAGAGUUAAAGUGACUAUGCAUUGAUAAUAAACAGAGAGUAGCAGCAGCGUAAAAGAGGGGUAGUAUGCAAAUAGUCUGGGUAGAAUAGUCAGGAGUCUUAUGGCUUGGGGGUAGAAGCUGUUAAGAAGCCUUUUGGACCUAGACUUGGCGCUCCGGUACCGCUUGCCGUGCGGUAGCAGAGAGAACAGUCCAUGUCUAGGUUGGCUGGAGUCUUUGACAAUAUUUAGGGCCUUCCUAAAAAUGAUGGUAUUGGAGUUGUGCCUGGCCAUGCAGUCAUGGCUGAACAGGGAGUACAGGAGGGGAAUGAACACGCAGCCCUGAGGGGCCCCCGUGUUGAGGAUCAGCGUGGCAGAUGUGUUGUAACCAACCCUUACCACCUGGGGGUGGCCCGUCAGGAAGUCCAGGAUCAAGUUGCAGAGGGAGGUGUUUAGUCCCAGGGUCGUUAGCUUAGUGAUGAGCUUUGAGGGCACUAUGGUGUUGAACGCUGAGCUGUAGUCAAUGAAUAGCAUUCUCAAGUAGGUGUUCCUCUUGAACAGGUGGGAAAGGGCAGUGUGGAGUGCAAUAGAGAAUGCAUCAUAUGUGGAUCUGUUGGGGCGGUAUGCAAAAUGGAGUGGGUCUAGGGUUUCUGGUAUAAUGGUGUUGAUGUGAGCCAUGACCAGCCUUUCAAAGCACUUAAUGGCUACAGACGUGAGUGCUAAGGGUUGGUUGUCAUUUAGGCAGGUUAUCUUAGUAUUCUUGGGCACAGGGACUAUGGUGGUCUGCUUGAAACAUGUUGGUAUUACAGACUCAGUCAGGGACAGGUUGAAAAUGUCAGUGAAGACACUUGCUAGUUGGUCAGCGCAUGCUCGGAGUACGUGUCCUGGUAAUCCGUCUGGCCCUGCGGCCUUGUGAAUGUUGACCUGCUUGAAGUCUUACUCACAUCGGCUACGGAGAGCGCGAUCACAUAGUCAUCCGGAAUAUCUGAUGCUCUCAUGCAUGCUUCAGUGUUUCUUGCCUCGAAGCGCGCAUAGAAGUGAUAUAGCUCGUCUGGUAGGCUAGUGUCACUGGCGGUGUAGUACGAUUCAAUCAUAGUCCUGUAUUGACUCUUUGCCUGUUUGAUGGUUCAUCGGCGGGCAUAGCGGGAUUUCUUAUAAGCGCCCGGGUUAGAGUCCCGCUCCUUGAAAGCGGCAGCUCUACCCUUUACCUCAGUGCGGAUGUUGCCUGUAAUCCAUGGCUUCUGGUUGGGGUAUGUACGUACGGUCACUGUGGGGACGACAUCAUCGAUGCACUUAUUGAUGAAGCCAGUGACUGAUGUCGUGUACUCCUCAAUGCCAUCGGAAGAUUCCUGGAACAUAUUCCAGUCUGUGCUAGCAAAACAAUCCUGUUGCUUAGCAUCUGCGUCAUCUGACCACUUCCUUAUUAACCGAGUCACUGGUGCUUCCUGCUUUAGUUUUUACUUAUAAGCAGGAAUCAGAAGGAUAGAAUUAUGGUCAGAUUUGCCAAAUGGAGGGUGAGGGAGAGCUUUGUACCUGUCUCUGUGUGUGGAGUAAAGGUGGUCUAGAGUUUUUUUUCCCUCUGGUUGCACAUUUAAAAUGCUGGUAGAAAUUAGGUAGAACGUAUUUAAGUUUCCCUGCAUUAAAGUCCCCGGCCACUAGGAGCGCUGCCUCUGGAUGAGCGUUUUCCUGUUUGCUUAUGGCCUUAUACAGCUCAUUGAGUGCAAUCUUAGUGCGAGCAUCGGUUUGUGGUGGUAAAUAAACAGUUACGAAAAAUAUAGAUGAAAACUCUCUUGGUAUAUAAUGGGGUCUACAGCUUAUCAUGAGAUACUCUACCUCAGACGAGCAAAACCUUGAGACUUCCUUAAUAUUAGAUUUCAUGCACCAGCUGUUGUUUACAAAUAUACACAGACCACCACCCCUUGUCUUACCAGAGUCAGCCAUUCUAUCCUGCCGGUGUAGCGUAUAUAUCCCGCCAGCUGUAUGUUAUCCAUGUCGUCGUUCAGCCACGACUCGGUGAAACAUAAGAUAUUAGUUUUUAAUGUCCCGUUGGUAGGAUAUCUGUGAUCGUGGGUUGUCCAUUUUGUUUUCCAAUGAUUGUACGUUGGCUAAUAGGACUGAUGGUAGAGGCAGAUUACGUGCUCACCUCGGAUCCUUACAAGGCACCCCGACCUACGUCCACGAUAUCUCUGUCUCUUUCUCAUGCGAAUGACGGGGAUUUGGGCCUUGUCUGGUGACUGUAGAAUAUCCUUUGCGUCCGACUCAUUGCUUUGGCAUGCAGCAGGGAGAAGGGAAUUAUAAUUAUAAUAUUCAGCCCAACGGAACAACGGCCACAAAAGGCACGGAUUUCUUACGGGGAUUAUGGCCACACAAAGGGAAUGCAGCCGGGAAAUUCGAGGCAUUAUCAAGCGCUUGUCAAAUUGUGAAUGAGAGACUGAUGAACUGUGUACAGCCUGCGCAAAAAAACAAAGCAGAGCUCAUGCCUUUAAUGCGACUUCAUUUUAUCGCUGGUGCAAGGUCUAUCUCCAUUCAGAGACAUCAGUAUCAAUCCUGUCUGUCAGUCUUGCAAGUCUCCCAAGUGCUGGCUCAUGUAUCUGUAUCUGUGAACACAUACAGACAUUGUCACUGUUCUAUUACCAAUGGCAGUUCUGACACACAAACAUAUACUAUGUUGAAGUUUGAACAGGUCAGACAUAUCCUACCUAAUUCUGGUCUCACCAUCGACGACCAUUGGUGAGCAUGCAAGAGGUGAGGAUGGGGAUGAGGUCUUUACCAGCGCCCCAUUGUUGGUCAUGGCAGCCUAGAUCAAACACACACAUACACACACACAGAGCAACUAUGAUGUUGAUACGAUAUGGAUUACAAUAAUCAUCCUGAAUAUUAAGGCUACACUCACUUCAUGUUACACACAUAGACACUCAACCAUGCAAAUUGGCUGGGUUAUCAUACACACUUUCACUAAAUCACAUCCAAUAUCACACACAUCAACCUACUCAGAUCUACUACACACAUACUAAACAAAAUGUUAUAACAUCUGUGGCAUUGGCUCACAGGCAAGAAAAAAAAAAAAAAAAAAAAGCGAACAAAAAUAACAUGAAAACACCAGUUGCUUUGUGCAUAUUGGUAGAACCUGUUUCUUGAAUUCUAAACAUCAGACAUUUGAAAUCUCUAUUUUUGACCAUCAUGAUACCUCCUAUGGCAGUAAUUUUAAAAGCAAAAAUUAUGGUAAGUUAGACUGAGAAUAGUAUCUAGUUAUGGUAAGGGAUGAAAUAAGUAUAGCCAGUUAUAAUUGUAACGGCUUAUCAGAUUAUAAGAAAAGACGAUCAGUCUUUACAUGGCUAAAAGAAAAGGAAUAUAACAUAUACUGUUAACAGGAAACUUACUCUACAUCUUUAGAUGAAGUUGUGUGGAAAAAGGAAUGGGGCUUUGAAAUAAUUUUCUGUCAUGAAAAAAGGAACUCAAAAAUGUACCUUCAGAGGUAAUUCAAUUCAAUAUUCAUCAGUAAAGAAAAAAGCAGUUUCUGUCUAAAGAGACAAGACCAACAAGGGAAAUAUAGGAACUAACAGUACAGGUAGAUAGCAAUAAAAACGGUACUACAGAGAUACAAAACAAGUUAGAGGAAAAACAAAAAGAACUGGAGGAACUUAUUCAAGAACGAUCUAAUGUAAUCUAUUACAAAAAUAAAGCAAACUGGAUGGAAUAUGGAGAAAAAUGCACCGAACUGUUCCUGAAUCUUCAACACGGGAACGCUACCAAAAAUAAUUUGCAGAAGCUCUAACUAAAGACGGAGUCAUCCAUGAUUCUCCUAAUUAUAUUUUAAAAGAGGAAGCUAAAUAAUAGAUUUUAAGCAGAUGUUUUCUUUUCCGUCUCCUCCUCACACUCUGAAUGACGAUUACUGUAAGGAAUUCUCCCCCCCCAGAAAAUAUGAAAAAUUAACAAAAUGCACAAAAAGAUCAGUGAGAAGGCCAAAUUACAGAGGAAUAACGUUUUGAGGCUAUUAAAUCAUUUCAAUCUGGAAAAACCCCAGGGCUCGAUGGUAUACCGGUAGAGGUAUAUCAAGCCUUUUUUGAUAUACUCACAGCUCCAUUAUUAGCUUGUGUUACCUACUCCUAUAAAAAUGGUAGUCUGCCAGGCACUCAGCAUGAAGGUCUGAUUUCACUAUUAUUAAAACAAGAUCUGGAUGGCAAAUAUAAAGAUCCAGUCCAACUAAAAAACUGCGAGGCCUCUUACACUUCAAUGUUGUGAUGAAAAGAUACUAGCAAAAUGCAUAGUACUCAGAAUUAAAACGUUUUACCAGGUAUUGUUCAUCAGACAGGUAUAAUACAUUACCGAUAAAUUUGAGAUAAUAUAUGACAACUACUGGAAAUAAUAGAACAACAUGAAACAUCUAAGAAGCCAGGCCCAGUGUUCAUACUGGAUUUUGAAAAGGCCUUUGAUAAAGCAAGACUGGAUUUUAUAUGUAAAUGCCUGGAUGUUUUCAAUUUCAGUAAGUCUCUUACUCAAUUCAGUAAGUCUCUUACUCACCUGGACUCCUUUACUUUGUUGAUAGCCCCUUCUAUAUCUGUCUGUUCCCCAGUUUGAUCCCGGUGUCUGCAUUGAUGUUGUUUCGUUUCCCCUGUCCAGACGCUGUCUGUGUUUUACUCCAUGUCUUUUAUUUAUUAAAUCAUCACCCUGUACUUGCUUCCCGUCUCCCAGCGUCUGUCGAACCGAGAUCGUUACAGUGGGGGUAUACAGAAGAUAUCCCUAUUUGGUAAAAGACCAAGUCCAUAUUAUGGAAAGAACAGCUCAAAUAAGCAAAGAGAAACGGUAGUCCAUCAUUACUUUAAGACAUGAAGGUCAGUCAAAACAGAACAUUUCAAGAACUUUGAAAAUUUCUUCAAGUGCAGUUGCAAAAACCACCAAACGUUAUGAUGAAACUGGCUCUCAUGAGGACCGCCACAGGAAAGGAAGACCCAGAGUUAGCUCUGCUGCAGAGGAUAAGUUCAUUAGAGUUACCAGCCUCAGAAAUUGCAGCCCAAAGAUAUGCUUCACAGAGUUCAAGUAACAGACACAUCUCAACAUCAACUGUUCAGAGGGGACUGUUUGAAACCACUGCUAAAGGACAUCAAUAAGAAGAAUAGACCUGCUUGGGCCAAGAAACAUGAGCAAUGGACAUUAGACCGGUGGAAAUGUGUCCUUUGGUCUGGAGUCCAAAUUUGAGAUUUUUGGUUCCAACCACCGUGUCUUUGUGAGACGCGGAGUGGGUGAACGGAUGGUCUCCGCAUGUGUAGUUCCCACCGUAAAGCAUGGAGGAGGUGUGGGGGUGCUUUGCUGGUGACACUCUGUGUGAUUUAUUUAGAAUUCAAGGCACACUUAACCAGCAUGGCUACCAAAUCAUUCUGCAGCGAUACGCCAUCCCAUCUGGUUUGGGCUUAGUGGGACUAUCAUUUGUUUUUCAACAGGACAAUGACCCAACACACCUCCAGGCUGUGUACGGGCUAUUUUACCAAGAAGGAGAGUGAUGGAGUGCUGCAUCAGAUGACCUGGCCUCCACAAUCCCCCGACCUCAACCCAAAUGAGAUGGUUUGGGAUGAGUCGGACGGCAGAGUGAAGGAAAAGCAGCCAACAAGUGCUCAGCAUAUGUGGGAACCCUUCAAGACUGAUGGAAAACAAUUCCAGGUGAAGCUGGUUGAGAGAAUGCCAAGAGUGUGCAAAGCUGUCAUCAAGGCAAAGGGUAGCGAUUUGAAGAAUCUCUAAUAUAAAAUAUAUUUUGAUUUGAUUAACACUUUUUUGGUUACUACAUGAUUCCAUAUGUGUUAUAUCAUAGUUUUGAUGUCUUCACUAUUAUUCUACAAUGUAGGAAAAAAAAAACUUGAAUGAGUAGGUGUGUCCAAACUUUGGACUGGUACUGUACAUGAUGGGGUGUUCCUCCCCAUCAUGUACCUGGGACAGGACGGCCCCUAGUCCCGUGUUGCAGGCAUCCAUCUGCACCAGCAUCGGUACCUGGAAAUCGGGCGUCAUGAGAAUCGGAUGGGAGCACAGGGCCUCCUUCAGACGCCUGAACGCCGCUUCGGCCUCAUCCAACCACUUCACUGUUUUCGGGAGACGGGCCCUGGUCAGAUCGGUAAGGGGGGAGGCUAUAGCUGCAAAGUUAGGGAUAAACCGCCUAUAGUAUCCCGCCAGCCCCAGGAAGGACUUGACCUGUGUCUUGGUGAGGGGAAUGGGCCAGUCACGAACAGCCUGGACCUUCCUCUCCUGGGGCUUGACGUUCCCACUUCUGAUCAAAUACCCCAGGUACUCCACCUCCUCGAACUCCAGCUUGCAUUUCUUGGGAUUCGCUGUCUACCUGGCUUGCCUGAGCGCAUCCAGUACCACCUGGAGGCGCAUCAGGUGCUCUUCCCAACCUUGGCUGUGGAUGAUGAUGUCAUCCAAAUAGGCACACCUGUUAAUUGAAAUGAAUUCCAGGUGACUACCACAUGAAGCUGGUUAAGAGAAUGCCAAGAGUGUGCAAAGCUGUCAGGGUGGCUAUUUGAAGAAUCUCAAAUAUAAAAUAUAUUUUGAUUUGAUUAACACUUUUUUGGUUACUAUAUGAUUCCAUAUGUGUUAUUUCAUAGUUUUGAUGUCUUCACUAUUGUUCUACAGUGUAGAAAAUAGUAAAAAUAAAGAAAACCCUUGAAUGAGUAGCUGUUCUAAAACUUUUGACCGUUAGUAUAAAAUAAAAAAACGGAAAUAUUACAUUUACAUAAGUAUACGGACCCUUUACUCAGUACUUUGUUGAAGCACCUUUGGCAGCGAUUACAGCCUCGAGGCGUCUUGGGUAUGAUGCUACAAGCUUGGCACACCUGUAUAUGGGGAGUUUCUCCCAUUCUUCUCUGCAGAUCCUCUUAAGCUCUUUCAGGUUGGAUGGGGAGUGUCGCUGCACUGCUAUUUUCAGGUCUCUCCAGAGAUGUUUGAUCGGGUUCUGGCUGGGCCACUCAAGGACAUUCAGAGACUUGUCCCAAAGCCACUCCUGCGUUGUUUUGGCUGUGUGCUUAGGGUUUUUGUCCUGUUGGAAGGGGAACCUUGGCCCCAGUCUGAGGUCCUGGGCGCUCUGGAGCAGGUUUUGAUCAAAGAUCUCUCUGUACUUUGCUCCAUUCAUCUUUCUCUCAAUCCUGACUAGUCUCCCAGUCCCUGCCGCUGAAAAACAUACCCAUAGCAUGAUGCUGCCAUCACCAUGCUUCACCAUAGGGAUGGUGCCAGGAUUCAUCCAGACGGGGACCUUCAAUGCAGCAGACAUUUUUUGCUACUCAAUUUCGAGUCUCAUAGCAAAGGGUCUGAAUACUUAUGUAAAUAAGGUAUUUCUUUUUUUAGUUUUUUUAUAAAUUAGCAAACAUUUCUAAAACCUGUUUUUGCUUUGUCAUUAUAGGGUAUUGUGUAUAGAGUGAUGAGGGGAAAAAAACAAUUUAAUCAAUUUUAGAAAAGGCUGUACCGUAACAAAAUGUGGAAAAAGUCAAGGGGUCUGAAUACUUUCCCAUUGCACUGUAUGUAACUGAUUGUCAGUAACAGAAGAUAAGAGCUAUCAUACCACAAAGAUGUGUCAAAUACCAGAGCUGGAGGAAAAUAAGAAACCUUGAGUUACAAACUAAAAGCUUGACACUGGUGUUUCUCUACAUUAUACCAUUAUGUUUCUCAGUACAUCUGAAGAAAACUCUAUUGUCAUUAUCUAUUAUUCUCAACAGUGUGAGGCACUCAACAGCACAUUUUCGGUUGUAUUAUUUGAAGGUAGUAGCAGUGGUAGUAGUCACAGUAGCAGUUAUAGUGAUAGUGAAACUUGAUUACCAGAUUGCAUGCCAGCUUUGCAGUCUGUAUAAACAUUGUAAAUAAUGUAACUAGUCUACACUACAGCACACUGCCAGUAUAGUUAUAUGAGUAUCAUUUGAGCAUUUGCUGCAGCAGAAAUAACCUGCAGCACAGCAGUAAGUUAUGUGCAUUAUAAUAUACAUUUUUGUAGGUGUGAUACAUUUCCAAGUCUGAAUUAAGUGGAAUUACAACAUCAGAAGCCUUUUAAACCUCAAACCUAAAGUUACAUUUCCUGCAUUGCAGUCCUGAACAGGGGAUCUUGUAGGGCAGAGGAGGGAAAGGCAGUAUCUACGUAUGGGCCUCUGGAGACGGCGGUAGCUAUGACGACUGUAACUGCGACGGUUACGCCUCCAGCAUGUGGACCAUCUCCAUCAACUCAGCCAUCAACGACGGCCGCACGGCCCUGUAUGACGAGAGCUGCUCUUCCACCCUCGCAUCCACCUUCAGCAACGGACGCAAGAGGAACCCUGAGGCUGGUGUGGUGAGUGAGAGAGUGAGUGAGAGAGUGAGUGAGUGAGUGAAUGAGUGAGUGAGUGAGUGAGUGAGUGAGUGAGUGAGUGAGUGAGAUCUCCAUCUGACCUUAGUCAUACUACAGUAAUUCUGGUCAUACUAAUCCCUUUCACUCACUGGAGUUUUCCCUUGCCACUUUACCCUAUAGUAGCUUGUUAUUGUUUUUUUUUGUGUAUGUCAUUCGUAGGCAAUGUUUUAAAAAAGCAUUGUACAAAUACAGUUAGAUUUGAUCGUGUUCAGUGAAGGCUACUCCAUUUUUUACAGGGAAUAUUCGGACAAAUAAAUCUCUCUCUCAGUGUAUUGAUUAUCAAGAGAUGUCACUCUCAUACACUACAUGACCAAAAGGAUGUGGACACCUGCUUGUCGAACAUCUCAUACCAAAAUCAUGGGCAUUAAUACGAAGUUGGUCCCCCCUUUGCUGCUAUAAUAGUCUCAUUCUUUUGGGAAGGCUUUCCACUAGAUGUUGGAACAUUGCUGCGGGGACGUGCUUCCAUUCAGCCACAAGAGCAUUAGUGAGGUCGGGCACUGAUGUUGGGUGAUUAGGCCUGGCUCGCAGUCGGCGUUCCAAUUCUUCCCAAAGAUGUUUGAUGGACUGCCAGAUGGUGAAGCGUGAAUCAUUACUCCAGAGAACGCGUUUCCACUGCUCCAGAGUCCAAUGGCGGCGAGAUUUACACCACUCCAGCCGACGCUUGGCAUUGUGCAUGGUGAUCUUAGGCUUGUUUGUGGCUGCUCGGCCAUGCAAACCAAUUUCAUGAAGCUCCCGACGACCAGUUCUUGUGCUGACGUUGCCUCCAGAGGCCGUUUGGAACUCGGUAGUGAGUGUUGCAACCGAGGAGAGAUUAUUUUUACGCGCUACACUCUUCAGCACUCGGCGGUCCCGUUCUGUGAGCUUGUGUGGCCUACCACUUCGCAGCUUAGCCGUUGUUGCUCCUAGACGUUUCCACUUAAAAAUAACAGCACUUACAGUUGACCGGGGUAGCUCUAGCAGGGCAAAAAUGUGACUUGUUGGAAAGUUGGCAUCCAAUGACGGUGCCACGUUGAAAGUCACUGAGCUCUUCAGUAAGGCAAUUCUAAUGUUAAUGUUUGUUUAUGGAGAUUGCAUGGCUGUGUGCUCGAAUUGAUACACCUGUCAGCAAUGGGUGUGGCUGAAAUAGCUGAAUCCACACAUUUGAAGGAGUGUCCACAUACUUUUGGACAUAUAGUGUACAUGAGAACCGUAUUUGACAGCACUGACUAAUUAGAUAAUUGGAUAUUAUCUCUGGUUAUCUGUAAUUAAACUCAACAUCUGAAUCAAAUGUUUACUGAAUCAUUUGCAUUCUUGAAGUAUUUUCUUCUCCACUUUCCUCUCCUCUCCCCUCCUCUCCUCUCUUCUUGUUGAAUGUUGUGAGCUCACUGAUAAGACUACAUUCUUCAUCUUCCAUGGUUGUGUUAUGGUAGGCCACCACGGACCUGUAUGGAAACUGCACCCUGCGCCACUCUGGAACAUCAGCAGCAGCUCCAGAAGCAGCCGGAGUGUUUGCCUUGGCGUUGGAGGCCAAGUAUGUACACACACACCUCAUCUGCCCUCCUCAUCAUUUGUCCCACACACCCCAUGGACUAAUGCUGCCGCUUAAAAUAUUUAUUCAGCCAUUACCAGUCAGUGUCUGAAGGUCUUACUCCUACACUGAAUAUGGCUACUGCUGUUCUCACUCUAUUAACAUGGAUGAGAUGUUUUUCCUAACUGCAGCUCCACAGUGACUGAAACCAUGACUGUCUCAUUACAAACAACCUAUUUAUUUCUUUGUCUUUCUCUCCCAGAGUCAAAUUCAAGUUCAAAUGUCUUUAUUCUCUCUCUCUCUUGAUAUCCCUCUAGUGGUGAGGGGCUGUGCUUUGGCAAAGUGGGUGGGGUUAUAUCCUGCCUUGUUGGCCCUGUCUGCGGAUAUUGUCAGACGGGGCCACAGUGUCCCCUGACCCCCCCUGUCUCAGCCUCCAGUAUCUAUGCUGCAAUAGUCUAUGGCUAGGGUCAGUCUGUUAUAUGUGGUGUUAAUUCUCCUGUCUUAUCUGGUGUCCUGUGUGAAUUUAAGUAUGCUCCCCCUCCAGUUUCAACUGUUCUGCCUGCGGCUAUGGAACCCUGAGCUGUUCACCGGACGUGCUACCUUGUUGUCUCUCUCUCUCUCUCUCUCUCUCUCUCUCUCUCUCUCUCUCUCUCUCUCUCUCUCUCUCUCUCUCUCUCUCUCUCUCUCUCUCUCUCUCUCUCUCUCUCUCUCUCUCUCUCUCUCUAUCAGAGCCUUUCUUCUUCUUAUCAAUUCAAUUUCAAUUUAAGGGCUUUAUUGGCAUGGGAAACGUGUGUUAACAUUGCCAAAGCAAGGGAAGUAGAUAGUAAACAAAAGUGAAAUAAACAAUAAAUAUUAACAGUAAACAUUACACUCAGAAGUUUCAAAAGAAUAAAGACAUUUCAAAUGUCAUAUUAUGUAUAUAUACAGUGUUGUAACAAUGUGCAAAUAGUUAAAGUACAAAUGGGAAAAUAAAUAAACAUAAAUAUGGGUUGUAUUUACAAUGGUGUUUGUUCUUCACUGGUUGCCCUUUUCUUGUGGCAACAGGUCACAAAUCUUGCAGCUGUGAUGGCACACUGUGGUUUUUCACCCAGUAGAUAAGGGAGUUUAUCAAAAUUGGGUUUGUUUUCGAAUUCUUUGUGGAUCGCUGUAAUCUGAGGGAAAUAUGUGUCUCUAAUAUGGUCAUACAUUUGGCAGGAGGUUAGGAAGUGCAGCUCAGUUUCCACCUCAUUUUGUGGGCAGUGUGCACAUAGCCUGUCUUCUCUUGAGAGCCAGGUCUGCCUACGGCGGCCUUUCUCAAUAGCAAGGCUAUGCUCACUGAGUCUGUACAUAGUCAAAGCUUUCCUUAAGUUUGGGUCAGUCACAGUGGUCAGGUAUUCUGCCACUGUGUACUCUCUGUUUAGGGCCAAAUAGCAUUCUAGUUUGCUCAGUUUUUUUGUUUGUUCUUUCCAAUGUGUCAAGUAAUUCUCUUUUUGUUUUCUCAUGAUUUGGUUGGGUCUAAUUGUGUUGUUGUUGUUGUUGUUGUUGUUGUCCUGGGCUGUGUGGGGUAUGUUUGUGUUUGUGAACAUAGGCCCAGGACAAGCUUACUUAGGGGACUCUUCUCCAAGUUCAUCUCUCUGUAGGUGAUGGCUUUGUUAUGGAAGGUUUGGGAAUCGCUUCCUUUUAAGUGGUUAUAGAAUUUAACGGCUCUUUUCUGGAUUUUGAUAAUUAGCGGGUAUUGGCCUAAUUCUGCUCUGCAUGCAUUAUUUGGUGUUUUACGUUGUACACGGAGGAUGUUUUUGCAGAAUUCUGCAUGCAGAGUCUCAAUUUGGUGUUUGUCCCAUUUUGUGAAUUAUUAUCUCCCCCCAUUGCUCUCCUCCUCUAAAGACCACUUAAUAUCUUCUCUUUGCAUAGAAUCACUUAUUUACCAAACCUGCCAUUAGGCCCACAGACCUACUCCAUGAAAAUAGGGAAAGUUGUUUGUUGUCUAAUUUUUUACUGUUGCCCAGUUAUCCCUAAGUCUAUGUGUUCGUGCCAGGGAUACAAAUAAUAGUGUGUUCUUUAUACCUUGUUACAUGGCAGAAAAAAUUAAAAGGUUUAUACUGAAGACUGCUUUCAAAGUGCACGUUCAUGUUUUAUUAAUUACCGAAAGGCCCAUAUACAUGAACCAGAGCGACUCAGCACUAGCUGGUGAUGUAAGAUGCUGGAGUGUUCCCAGCAUUGCCAGCUGGGACGCGUAUGUCACGAUGUUGACAAGUAAACCAGAGGAAUACCUCAGCCCAUUUCCACAAUGAUAGAAUCCAUAAUAAUAAUGCUUGGUUUUGUUUUGGGAUUUUAUUAUGUUCAACAUUAGCACUGUGGCAACAACGACAUUUAAAAAUCUUUCAUUUCAAACAUCAUGAAUUCACAGCCGAUGUGAAAACGUAGCUUAAUUUCGACCUUAUGGUCGUGAAAAUGUAAAACAUAUGCUAGUGGCACAUUUAAUCUGAAUAAUUUAACAUACUUGACUUGAUAGUUACUGUAGAUACUGUGGGAGCAUGUAGGGUGGAGUCCUGCCACUGACCAGAGCUAGACCAGGCUCCGGGAUACAGGGAUAAGGUCCAAAAACUAUAUCAAAGUAGAAUGUUCAGAAUAUACCAUCUUAAGUACAAGAAGAACUAGGGUUUCUAUAAAGGUUUCACCUACUCUCCCCAAUCAUUUUCAAUCAUUUUAACUCAGUCUUUUUUAGAUACUCUUAAAAAUAAAGGUUUAAGUUAGAACCAUAUGAGGUUUUUGGCUCCACAAAGAACCUUAUGCAAGCCAAUUCUUCCAAGAACCUUUCUUUAAAAAAGCAAACCUUAAUAAAGAAAACGCUACCAAAGUUUAAUCAACACAUCGCCUGCACUACUCACUCAUCAAUAAUUCUUGACCAUUGCUACUCCCCCUUCUGGGACAGCUACAAGGCCCUCCCCCACCCUCCCUUCGGCAAAUCAGAUCACGCCUCCAUUCUGCUCCUCCCUUUCUAUAGGCAGAAACAGGUAGUUCCCAUGGUAAGGACUGUUCAACGUUGGUCUGACCAAUCGAAAUCUAUGCUUCGUAUUGUUCAUGUGGACUGGGAUAUAUUCCGUGUUGCCUCUGAGAAUAACAUUGACUUAUACACUGACUCUGUGAUUGAGUUAAUCAGGAAGUGCAUAGAGGAUGUUGUUCCCACUGUGACAAUUAGAACUCAUCCAAACCAAAACACGUGGCUAGAUAGCAGCAUUCGCGCAAAACUGAAAGCGCAAACCAUCGCAUUUAACCACGGCAAGGUGACUGGGAAUAUGGACAAGCACAAACAACCUAGCUAUGCCCUCCAUAAGGCAAUCAAACAGGCAAUAGAGCCGCAAUUCAACGGUUCAGGCACAAGAAAUAUGUGGCAGGGAAUCCAGACAAUCACGGAUCAUAAAGGGAAAACCAGCUACAUAGCGGACACCGACACCUUGCUUCCGGACAAGCUAAACACCUUCUUCAUCCGCUUCAAGGAAAACACAGUGCUGCCAAUGCGGGCCACCGAUGCUCACAAGGACUGUGAGCUCUCGUUCUCCAUGGCCGACAUGAGUACGAAAUUUAAGCGUGUUAACCCUCACAAAGCUAGAUGCAUCCUCAGAGCAUGUGCAGACCAGCUGGCUGGAGUGUUUACGAACAUAUUCAAUCUCUCCCUAUCCCAAUCCCCACUUGCUUCAAGAUGUCCACAACUAUUCCUGUACACAAGAAAGUGAAGGUAACUAAACUAAAUGUGCUCAGCCCCCUCCUGUACUCCCUGUUCACCCAUAACUGCGUGGCCACGCACGUCUCCAUCGCAAUCAUCAAGUUUGCAGAUUAUACAACAGUGAUAGGCCUGAUUACCAACAACGACGAGACAGCCUACAGGGAGGAGGUGAGGGCCCUAGCGGAGUGGUGCCAGAAAAUGACCUCUCCCUCAACGUCAACAAAAUGAAGGAGCUGAUCGUGGACUUCAGGAGACAUCAGAUGGAGCUCGCCCCCAACCACAUCGAUGGGACCACAGUGGAAAGAUUGAAAAGUUUCAAGUUCCUCGGCAUGAACAUCACUGACAAACUUAAAUGGUUCAUCCACACAGACAGUGUGGUGAAGAAGACACAACAGCGCCUCUUCAUCCUCAGGAGGCUGAAGAAAUUCAGCUUGGCCUCUAAGACCCUCAUGAACUUCUACAGAUGCACAAUUGAGAACAUCCUGCCGGGCUGUAUCACCGCCUGGUACGGCAACUGCACCGUCCGCAACCGCAGGGCUCUCCAGAGGGUGGUGCAUUCAGCCCAACAAAUCACUGGGGGCACACUGCCUGCCCUCCACGACAUCAACCGCUGUCACAGGAAGGCCACGAAGAUCAUCAAGGACCUCAGCCGCUUGAGCCACGUUCUGUUCACCCCACUGCAAUCUAGAAGGCAGAGACAGUAUAGGUGCAUCAAAGCUGUGACAGAGAGACUGAAAAACAGAUUCCAUCUACAGGUCAUCAGACUCUUAAAUAAUCACCACUAGCCUCCACCCAGCACACUUCCCUGAACAUUAGUCACUGUUACUAGCCGGCUACCACCCAGUACUCAAACUUGCACCUUAGAGACUGCUGCCCUAUGCAUAUAGUCAUUGAACACUUGUCAAUUUAAUAAUGUUUACUUAUUGUUGUACACCGAACACAAAUAUAAACACAACAUGUAAAGUGUUGGUCCCAUGUUUCAUGAGCUGAACUAAAAAUCCCAGAAAUGUUCCAUACUCACAGAAAUAUUAUUUAUCUCCAAUUAUGUACACAAAUGUGUUUACAUCCCUGUUAGUGAGCAUUUCUCCUUUGCCAAGAUAUUCCAUCCACCUGACAAGUGUGGCAUAUCAAGAAGCUGAUUAAACAGCAUGAUCAUUACACAGGUGCACCUUGUGCUGGGGACAAUAAAAGGCCACUCUAAAAUGUGCAGUUUUGUCACACAACACAAUGCCACAGAUGUCUGAAGUUUUGAGGGAGCGUGUAAUUGCCAUGCUGACUGCAGGAAUGCCCACUAGAGCUGUUGCCAGAGAAUUGAGUGUUCAUUUCUUUACCAUAAGCUGCCUCCAACGUCGUUUUAAAGAAUUUGUCAGUACAUCCAACCGGACUCACAAUCGCAAACCACGUGUAACCACACCAGCCCAGGACCUCCACAUCCGGCUUCUUCACCUGUGGGAACGUUUGACACAAGCCACUUGGACAGUUGAUGAAACUUUGGGUUUGCACAACCGAAUAAUUUCUGCACUAACUGUCAGAAACCAUCUCAGGGAAGCUCAUCUGCAUGCUCGUCGUCUUCACCAGGGUCUUGACCUGACUGCAGUUUGGCGUCGAAACCAACUUCAGUGGGAAAAUGCUCACCUUCGAUGGCCACUGGCACACUGGAGAAGUGUGCUCUUCACAGAUGAAUCCUGGUUUCAAGAUCUGUUUCUCAAAAGUUCAGUUUUAGGCAAAAAAAAAGAAAAAAAAAAGGAAACAUUUGUGGACACCCCUUCAAAUUAGUGGAUUCGGCUAUUUCAGCCACAAUGUUGCUGACCGGUGUAUAAAAUCGAGCACAAAGUCAUGCAAUCUCCAUAGACAAACAUUGGCAGUAGAAUGGCCUUACUGAAGAACUCAGUGACUUUCAACGUGGCGCCGUCAUAGGAUGCAACCUUUCCAACAAGUCAGUUCAUAAAAUUUCUGCCCUGCUAGAGCUGCCCCGGUUAACUGUAAGUGCUGUUAAUGGGAGCAACAACGGCUCAGCCGCGAAGUGGUAGGCCACACAAGCUCACAGAACGGGACCGCCGAGUGCUGAUAGUCUGUCCUCGGUUGCAACACUCACUACCGAGUUCCAAACUGCCUCUUGAAGCAACGUCAGCACAAUAACUGUUCGUCGGGGGGCUUCAUGAAUUUGGUUUCCAUUGCCGAGCAGCCGCACACCAGCCUAAGAUCACCAUGCGCAAUGACAAGCGUCGGCAGGAGUGGUGUAAUGCUUGCCGCUAUUAGACUCUGGAGCAGUGGAAACGUGUUCUCUGGAGUGAUGAAUCACGCUUCACCAUCUGGCAGUCUGACAGACGAAUCUGCGUUUUGGAAUGAGAAGUUUGACGAGCAGGUGUCCACAUAUUUUUGGUAAUGUAUUGUAAGUAUGUAUGUACCUUCGCCACCUAUGCCCUUGACUUUUUCCACAUUUUGUUACAUUACAUCAUUAUUCUUAAAUGUAUUACAUUAUUUUUUUCCCUCAUCAAUCUACACACAAUACCCCAUUAAAAAACAUAAAAAACACAAGGAACUAUCACAUUUACAUAAGUAUUCAGACCCUGUACUUAGUACUUUGUUGAAGCACCUUUGGCAGCGAUUACAGCCUUGAGUCUUCUUGGGUAUGACGCUACAAGCUUGGCACACCUGUAUUUGGGGAGUUUCUCCCAUUCUUAUCUGCAGAUCCUCUCAAGCUCUAUCAGGUUGGAUGGGGAGCGAUGCUGCACAGCUAUUUUCAGGUCUCUCCAGAGAUGUUCGAUCAGGUUCUAGUCCGGGCUCUGGAUGAUCCACUCAAGGACAUUCAGAGACUUGUCCCAAAGCCACUCCUGCGUUGUCUUGGCUGUGUGCUUAGGGUCGUUGUCCUGUUGGAAGGUGAAUGUUUGUUCCAAGUCUGAGGUGCUGAGCGCUAUGGAGUAGGUUUUCAUCAAGGAUCUCUCUGUACUUUGAUCCAUUCAUCUUUGCCUUGAUCCUGACUAGUCUCCCAGUCCCUGCCACUUAAAAACAUCCCCACAGCAUGAUGCUGCCACCACCAUGCUUCAGCGUAGGGAUGGUGCCAGGUUUCCUCCAGACGUGACGCUUGGCAUUCAGGCCAAAGAGAUCAAUCUUGGUUUCAUCAGACCAGAGAAUCUUGUUUCUCAUGGUCUGAGAGUCUUCAGGCGCCUUUUGGCAAACUUAUAGCGGGCUGUCAUGUGCCUUUUACUGAGGAGUGGCUUCCAUCUGGCCACUCUACCAUAAAGGCAUAAUUGGUGGAGUGCUGCAGAGAUGGUUGUCCUUCUGGAAAGAUCUCCCAUCUCCACAGAUUAACUCUGGAGCUCUUCGGGUUGUUGGUCACCUCCCUGACAAAGGCCCUUCUCCCCUGAUUGCUCAGUUUGGCCAGGCGGCCAGCUCUAGAAAGAGUGGUUCCAAACUCUUCCAUUUAAGAAUGUUGAGACCACUGUGUUCUUGGGGACCUUCAAUGCUGCAAUAACGUUUGGGUACCCUUCCCCAGAUCUGUGCCUCAAGCUCAAUUUCGAGUCUCAUAGCAAAGUGUCUAAAUACUAAUGUAAAUAUGGUAUUUCUGUUUUGUUUUUUUAUACAUUUGCAAACAUUUCACAAAACCUGUUUUUGCAAUGUCAUUACGGGGUAUCGUGUGUAGAUUGCUGAGGAAAUUGUUUUAUUUAAUCCAUUUUAGAACAAGGCUGUAACGUAACAAAAUGUGUCUUGUUUCAGGAAACUAUGUGUAUGUCGCGGGACACUAAUUCACAGGAGAGCCAUUUGAACGUAAACUUUUUUUUAAAUCAAAAUGCAGCAGAAAUGCCUUCUGGAGCAUGUGAACUUAAAUGUUCCUUAAUAACAAACUUGUAUGCCAUCUGUAAAUACUAAUAAAAUUGUUAAAUUACGAGCCUAGUUGGUUUAGCCACAAAAAAAGACAGCAACCUUACCGCUAGCCAUGGUUGGUUGAGAUAAUGAGUGGGCUGGACAGGCCGAGAGAUGAGUUUGGAUUGGUCUGCCAUAUAGCAUGCUUCUGUCUAUUUGAGCUGGUCAGUGUGUGUAAGUAUUGCUGCUUUUUUAAAAUGUAUUGCGUAGUUAAACUGCAUAAGUGUGGUCCUCUGUAGCUCAAUUGGUAGAGCAUGGCGCUUGUAACGCCAGCGUAGUGGGUUCGAUCCCCGGGACCACCCAUACGUAAAAAUGUAUGCACACAUGACUGUAAGUCACUUUGGAUAAAAGCGUCUGCUAAAUGGCAUAUUAUUAUUUUACUACUAUAAGUGUUGCUCUCCACUUUUUGGAGGACCGAGUUUUGAAAUCAGUGGAAUUAGAGUAUGAUAGCUAAGGAAAUGGAGAAAACACCUGUCUCUUAGGGCAGCCAUGGCAUCCGUGAGGGAGACGCAUCCAUCCAUGAUGAAUACGGGUAAGAUAGUCUAGCUAGAUACAUUUUCAGAUAUUACACGUUUCUAAUUUUGACAGAAAGUCGUUUUCAUUUCAAGUUAAAGUGUACUGUUAGCUAGCUAGCUAACGUUAGCUGGCUGGCUCGCUAGCUAACGCUAUGUGUAUGAUCUUAUUAUUCGUAUCUCAGAGCCAUUUGCUUUGCUAGUUAUUGCCUAAUGUUAGCUAGCUAACACUAAACCUGGUUGGUUAGCUACCUGCAGAUUAAUGCAGGGUAGUAACGUCAUGAGCUGGGAUUAUGGUUCAUUGUUUACCUAGCUAGCUAGCUACAUGUCUUAACAAAAGACUCCACUAUGCAAGUAACCAUUUCGGGUGCAUUCAUAAAUUCAGUCUAAGUAUGCCAGAGCGUAGAAUAGAAUAACUGAUUAAUUUCUGAACACUCAACACCCGUUGAAUAUGGCCGGUGUCAGUAAACGUCGGCAAAUAAGCAUUAUUAAAUUAUUGCCAGCAGCAAAGUUACAUCACCAACGCUCUGGAUAACAUGAAAAAAGCCUAAUCAGCUUUGCAAGGGCAAGUAAAAUGGUCAGUGGGGUGCUCUCCCAUUUGUGUCUGGAAGUAGCUAGCAAGCUAGCCAAUGUUAGCCAGUUAGCUUGGGUGCUUGACUGCGUUUGUUAGGUCAGAGCGUUCGGAUCAACCCUACUCAUCGACCAGAGCGUCCAGUGUGCGCUCUGAAGGCUCCGAGAGCGAAACGAGAUGGGUGCGGCUAAAUCUUAAGAGGGUGUGAACGAUGCUGAAUGGGGUGUAGACAAAGAAGAGCUCUCCAGUAGGUACCAAAACAUUCAAUGGCCAUUUUCUCAAAAGUGAGAUUAGAAGUUUAUAAACUUUCAAGCAUAAUUACUUUCCCAUUGUUCCUCAAAUGCAGUGUAUGAUAUACCAUUUUGUAGCUCUGUGUCUCUGCUUUUAUCCAAUGUAAAAAACACCAUUUCAAAUUUUGCUACAUAAGACCGAAUUUCUUUCCUUCUUAAUGCAUUUGAGCCUAUCAGUUGUGUUGUGAUAAGGUAGGGGUGGAAUACAGAAUAUAGCCCUAUUUGGUCCAUAUUAUGGCAAGAACAGCUCAAAUAAGCAAAGAGAAAUGGUAGUCCAUUAUUACUUUAAGACAUGAAGGUCAGUCAAUACGGAAAAUGUCAAGAACUUUGAAGGUUUCUUCAAGUGCAGUCGCAAAAAACCAUCAAGCGCUAUGAUGAAACUGGCUUUCAUGAGGACCGCCACAGGAAAGGAAGACCCAGAGUUACCUCUGCUGCAGAGGAUAAGUUCAUUAGAGUUAUCUGCACCUCAGAUUGCAGCCCAAAUAAAUGCUUCACAGAAUUCAAGUAAGAGACACAUCUCAACAUCAACUGUUCAGAGCAUACUACGUGAAUCAGGCCUUCAUGGUCGAAUUGCUGCAAAGAAACCAUUACUUUGUUUCUAACCGCUGUGUCUUUGUGAGGUGCAGAAUAGGUGAACGGAUGAUCUCCGCAUGUGUUGUUCCCACCGUGAAGCAUGGAGGAGGAGGUGUGAUGUUGUGGUGGUGCUUUGCUGGUGACACUGUCUGUGAAUUAUUUAUAAUUCAAGGCACACUUAACCAGCAUGGCUACCACAGCAUUCUGCAGCGAUACGCCAUCCCAUCUGGUUUGCACUUAGUGGGACUAUCAUUUGUUUUUCUACAGGACAAUGACCCAACACACCUCCAUGCUGUGUAAGGGCUAUUUGACCAAUAAGGAGUGAUGGAGUGCUGCAUCAGAUGACCUGGCCUCCACCAACACCAUACCUCAAACCAAUUGAGAUGGUUUGGGACAAGUUGGACCGCGGAGUGAAGGAAAAGCAGCCAACAAGUUCUCAGCAUACAGUUGUAGUCAGAAGUUUUUAUACACUUAGGUUGGAGUCAUUAAAACUCGUUUUUUUUUUUUUCAACCACUUCACAAAUUUAUUGUUAACAAACUAUAGUUUUGGCAAGUCAGUUAGGACAUCUACUUUGUGCAUGACACAAGUAAUGUUUCCAACAAUUGUUUAAAGACAGAUUAUUUCACUUAUAAUUCACUGUAUCACAAUUCCAGUGGGUCAGAAGUUUACAUACACUAAGUUGACUGUGCCUUUAAACAGCUUGGAAAAUUCCAGAAAAUGAUAUCAUGGCUUUAGAAGCUUCUGAUAGGCUAAUUGAUAUAAUUUGAGUCAAUUGGAGGUGUACCUGUGGAUGUAUUUCAAGGCCUACCUUCAAACUCAGUGCCUAUUUGCUUGACAAAAUGGGCAAAUCAAAAGAAAUCAGCCAAGACCUCAGAAAAUGUUUUGUAAACCUCCACAAGUAUGGUUCAUCCUUGGGAGCAAUGUCCAAACGCCUGAAGGUACCACGUACAUCUGACAAACAAUAGUAUGCAAGUAUAAACUCCAUGGGACCACGCAGCCGUCAUACCGCUCAGGAAGGACACGUGUUCUGUCUCCUAGAGAUGAACGUACUUUGGUGUGAAAAGUGCAAACCAAUCCCAGAACAACAGCAAAGGACCUUGUGAAGAUGCUGGAGGAAACGGGUACAAAAUAUCUAUAUCCACAGUAAAACGAGUCCUAUAUCGACAUAACCUGAAAGGCCGCUCAGCAAGGAAGAAGCCAUUGCUCCAAAACCGCCAUAAAAAAGCCAGACUACGGUUUGCAACUGCACAUGGGGACAAAGAUCGUACUUUUUGGAGAAAUGUCCUCUGGUCUGAAGAAACAAAAAUAGAACUGUUUAGCCAUAAUGACCAUUGAUAUGUUUGGAGGAAAAAGGGGGUGCCUUGCAAGCCGAAGAACACCAUCCCAACCAUGAAGCACGGGGUGGCAGCAUCAUGCUGUGGGGGUGCUUUGCUGCAGCAGGGACUGGUGCACUUCACAAAAUAGAUGGCAUCAUGAGGAAGGAACAUUAUGUGGAUAUAUUGAAGCAACAUCUCAAGACAUCAGUCAGGAAGUUAAAGCUAGGUCGCAAAUGGGUCUUCCAAAUGGACAAUGACCCCAAGCAUACUUCCAAAGCUGUGGCAAAAUGGCUUAAGGACAACAAAGUGAAGGUAUUGGAGUGGCCAUCACAAAGCCCUGACCUCAAUCCUAUAGAAAAUUUGUGGGCAGAACUGAAAACGCGUGUGCGUGCAAGGAGGCCUACAAACCUGACACAGUUACAUCAGCUCUGUCAGGAGGAAUGGUCCAAAAUUCACACACCUUAUUGUGGGAAGCUUAUGGAAGGCUACCCAAAAACGUUUGACCCAAGUUAAACAUUUUAAAGGCAAUGCUACCAAAUACUAAUUGAGUGUAUGUAAACUUCUGACCCAUUGGGAAUGUGAUGAAAGAAAUAAAAGCUGAAAUAAAUCAUUCUCUCUACUAUUAUUCUGACAUUUCACAUUCUUAAAAUAAAGAGGUGAUCCUAACUGACCUAACACAGGGAAUUUUUACCAAGAUUUAAUGUCAGGAAUUGUGAAAAACUGAGUUUAAAUAUAUUUGGCUAAGGUUUAUGUAAACUUCCGACUUCAACUGUAUGUUUGAAAUCUUUCAAGACUGUUGGAAAAGCAUUCCAGGUGAAGCUGGUUGAGGGAAUGCGAAGAAUUUGCAAAGCUGUCAUUAAGGCAAAGAGUGGCUACUUUGAAGAAUCUCAAACAUAAAAUAUACCACUUUUUGGUUUGCUUCCUGUCUUUACGUUUGUUGUGGGGUUUUAUUUUGUUUGCCUCUUCUUGGGCAUAUUUAGUGGGCGCUCAUGGUGGAUGUCUUUUAGGUCCCAGUUGUUGUUUCUAGUCAACUUUCAGAGGACACCCCCAUGAGUGUCUUUCAGAACCCCUCUUAGAACCCCACCUGUUUUGUUUUGGUUGUUGUUAGUGACUCUUUGUUAGUUCUCCCUUCUGUUUGAGCAAAAUAAAAAUGUUUCUUGCUGGGGAACGUAACAAUACCAUUUAGGAUUAACUAGUUAAGUUAUCCACUGCUAGCUAAUAACAACAAUAAUAAUAAUAGCUAGUGUUUUACAUUACUUGUUAACACUAAUAGUUAGCUAACACAGAUUAUAAGGGUUAGUUAGCUAAUUAAACAUUUUUGCUUAUACACAGGUAAGUUAUUCUUAAAAUUGGAACCACUAGUGUGUUGACAAAGAAUGCUAGCUAGCUAACUUACCAGCUACCUAGCUAGAAACAGUACCCGAGUUCAAAAGUUAGAUAACUAACUAUGUAGCGUGCUAAUCCAAAAAAGCUAUCUAAACAAAUUAUGUCAUGUCGAUGUUAGCUAGCUAGCUGGCAGCUAAUUUUUGCUAGCUAGCUAGAGCAGUUAACUAGCCAACAAAUGUGAUCGACUUAUCUAGCUAACUAUAUCAUGACAAAGAUCAUCUCGUGCUAAAUCGUCUAGCAGAAUUUCUUUAUUCAAAAAUAUGUUUUAGGUUUUACCUAAUGCUAGCUAGCUAGCUAGCUAACAUUUCCUAGCAAGCUAUGUAGAACAGAGGUGCUAGCAAACGUUAGCUAGCUAGCUACUUAGCUAGCUAGCUACUUAGCUAGCUGAGCAGCAUGCUAAAUCAUCCAGCAGAAAUUCUGUAUCCAUUUUUCACAACACACUGUCACAUGAUGUCAGUGUCAACACAAAAUUCUGGGCACAUUCCAGGUCGUCUUUAUUUCAAACACGUUUCACAGAUGGGCAGAUUUCACAAAGUUGGGGGAAUUUCUCAGAAACCAGCGAACCACACCAAUAAUAUGGCUUGAGAUCUUCAGAUGAGGCCUUCCUGGAAUAAAUAAGUGUACCAAUGCAUCAUCAAGGUUUCAAAAGUGGGGCAAGACACAUCAUGGGAGUUGACCAUUGGUUUGAAAAAUAACUAUUUAUGUUCCUGGGACAGAGCAACAAUGUAUCACACCCAAAAGGUAGACAAUAACAAUUGUUUAACCGUGCAACCAUUGAAAAUAAGGUUGCAUGAUGAUACAUAAAGGUUAAAUAUUAUACGCAUUUGUAAGUGCAUUUAUAAAUGGUGAAUAGCUGGAGGUAAAUAGUGGCUCACUAUUUGGCAAGCACUGACUGGCUAUCGCACUAUUUUGACCAGUUUGUUAUAACGCAUUUAUUAACAGUUUAUAAUGCAUUUACAAAUUAUUAAAUAACAGUUAAUCACGUAAUUACAAACCCUUUAUAAACCCUUUACAAAUGGAACCUUAUUGUAAGGUUUUACAGACACUUUCUUAUCUGGAUUGUAUAUUAAACAUAUAUCUCCACCAAAACAUAUUACAAAUGGCAUUUUGUCUUAAAUAUGAUAAGGAAAAACAUACACAAGAAAUACAAAUGAAUAAAUCAAGAACUUUAUUGAAAUAACUUUAUUGAGGGGAAUACAGUCGUGGUCAAAAGUUUUGAGAAUGACACAAGUAUUGGUCUUCACAAAGUUUGCUGCUUCAGUGUUUUUAGAUGUUUUUGUCAGAUGUUACUAUGGUAUACUGAAGUAUAAUUACAAGCAUUCCAUACGUUUCAAAGGCUUUUAUUGACAAUUACAUUAAGUUUAUGCAAAGAGUCAAUAUUUGCAGUGUUGACCCUUCUUUUUCAAGACCUCUGCAAUCCGCCCUGGCAUGCUGUCAAUUAACUUCUGGGCCACAUCCUGACUGAUGGCAGCCCAUUCUUGCAUAAUCAAUGCUUGGAGUUUGUCAGAAUUUGUGGGGUUUUGUUUGUCCACCCACAUCUUGAGGAUUGACCACAAGUUCUCAAUGGGAUUAAGGUCUGGGGAGUUUCCUGGCCAUGGACCCAAAAUGUUGAUGUUUUGUUCCCCGAGCCACUUUGUUAUCACUUUUACCUUAUGGCAAGGUGCUCCAUCAUGCUGGAAAAGGCAUUGUUCAUCACCAAACUGUUCUUGGAUGGUUGGGAGAAGUUGCUUUUGGAGGAUGUGUUGGUACCAUUCUUUAUGCAUGGCUGUGUUCUUAGGCAAAAUUGUGAGUGAGCCCACUCCCUUGGCUGAGAAGCAACCCCACACAUGAAUGGUCUCAGGAUGCUUGACUGUUGGCAUGACACAGGACUGAUGAUAGCGCUCACCUUGUCUUCUCCGGACAAGCUUUUUUCCGGAUGCCCCAAACAAUCGGAAAGGGGAUUCAUCAGAGAAAAUGACUUUACCCCAGUCCUCAGCAGUCCAAUCCCUGUACCUUUUGCAGAAUAUCAGUCUGUCCCUGAUGUUUUUCCUGGAGAGAAGUGGCUUCCUCGCUGCCCUUCUUGACACGAGGCCAUCCUCCAAAAGUCUUUGCCUUACUGUGCGUGCAAAUGCACUCACACCUGCCUGCUGCCAUUCCUGAGCAAGCUUUGCACUGGUGGUGCCCGAUCCCGCAGCUGAAUCAACUUUAGGAGACGGUCCUUGCGCUUGCUGGACUUUCUUGGGUGCCCUGAAACCUUCUUCACAACAAUUGAACCUCUCUCCUUUAAGUUUUUGAUGAUCCGAUAAAUGGUUGAUUUAGGUGCAAUCUUACUAGCAGCAAUAUCCUUGCCUGUGAAGCCCUUUUUGUGCAAAGCAAUGAUGACGGCAUGUGUUUCCUUGCAGGUAACCAUAGUUAACAGAGGAAGAACAAUGAUUUCAAGCACCACCCUCCUUUUAAAGCUUCCAGUCUGUUAUUCUAACUCAAUCAGCAUGACAGAGUGAUCUCCAGCCUUGUCCUCGUCAACACUCUCACCUGUAUUAACGAGAGAAUCACUGACAUGAUGUCAGCUGGUCCUUUUGUGGCAGGGCUGAAAUGCAGUGGAAAUGUUUUUUGGGGGAUUAAGUUCAUUUUCAUGGCAAAGAGGGACUUUGCAAUUAAUUGCAAUUCAUCUGAUCACUCUUCAUAACAUUAUGGAGUAUAUGCAAAUUGCCAUCAUAAAAACUGAGGCAGCAGACUUUGUGAAAAUUAAUAUUUGUGUCAUUCUCAAAACAUUUGACCACGACUGUACAUCUUGUCACUCAAACCUGAAAACAAUGUGCAAGUUACAUCGAACAUUGGAAUUACAAAAUAUGAAAAGAAUAAGGCAUAUAAUAACAAUAAUUUGCUUUUACAACUUCAAUUUCUUCUGUACAUACUAGGACUAUAGCCUAAUACACAAAGCAUAUAGCCUUAUCCCUUCCACUAGGCCUACAGCCUAAUACACGAAGAGUCAGAAUGGGAACAAAUUAAAAGCAUGCAAGGGAGGCGAAAUUACCAGUGACAAUCUGAGCUAUGGGGUGAAGACUAGGAGUCCCUUUACUAGUGCCUAUGUCCACAAUGAGUCACACUCACAAUCUAAAACAAAUUCGGUCCCCUACGAUGCAUAACUGCUUGCCCUUGAAUUCUGGUGCAACAUAAACAAACCACGUCAUAUCCUCCUUUCUAUCUUUCUAUCUAGGCUGUGAGGGUGUGAUUGUCCCUCAGCCCUGUCUGCAGCCUCAGCAGCAUGUUGUCCAGUCUCUCCAGCCCUGUCUGUCCUUGGCAGCGUGGUGACAGCUUCUAUUGACUGCCUGGUGCAUGGGAGACAUGUCUACAAUGUCGUCCUCCUCACAGAGUUCUGAGAGCUGACAGUCCACCAGUGUCAGAGAGGAUGGAGAGAGAGUGAGAAUUGUACAGAGUGUAUAUAUAGGUUUAAUAGUACAUAACAAUAAUACAUCAUUGACAGUUAACAGCUAGACCAGGAUGAUUUAGUUACCAAGCUGACUACUAGCCCAAGCCUUCAAAAGUCAUAGCUAUUAGCUAGCUACCUAGCUACAUUAAUUCUAGCAAUCAACAGCCAGCAGACUUACUAUUUUUAGGAAUCAUCACAGAUAACCACACUUAAUUAGAUAUCUAGCUAUGUGUUUAUUUAUCUAUCUAACUAGCUAAUAACUAUAUGGCUAUCAUAAAUUGUACUGGUAAAAUAGCAAUCCUGAAGCAGCCCUCUCUUGUGUCUGGUUAGUUAGCCACAUCAUUUGAGCUUUUAGCUAAUACCAAUGACAAAUGCUCAAAUUGUCAAGAUGAGCAUUGUACUUUGUACAGCUAUCAAAGAAAGCAUUAACAUAAAAAAGACGAGAAGAGCUAAAUCAAGUAGGCUAGCUAGAUACCUUGCCUCGUUUUGUCUGACGGUGAACUCGGCUUGUUAUCAAAAGUUCCUUUCACAGACCCAUAUUAUCAAUCGGAGAACAUACUCUAUUAUAUUAUAAUUACCAACAUAAAAAUGAAUUAUAUACAACUUCUUACCUUAAUAUUGUUGUCCUGAUCUCAAUGACAAAGCUGUCAAAGUUAUAAGAAACCCUGGGUGCAUGUUUUGGUUUUUGCCCUAUUCAAAUAAUCAAAGCUUGAUGAUGAGUUGGUUAUUUGAAUCAGCCGUGUAGUACUAGGGCAAAAACCAAAAUGAGCACCCGGGGGGGCCCCAGGACCGAGUUUGGGAAACCCUGAUUUGCUCUUAUCCAGAACAACUUAUAGUUAGUGCAUUCAUCUUAAGGUAGCUAAGAGAGACAACCGCAUGUGAAGAACUGAAGUGAUGAAAGCUUUCUUAAAGGGAUACUUUGGGAUUUUGCCAAUGAAGCCCUUUAUCUACUUCCCCAGAGUCAAAGUCACUCAUGGAUACCAUUUUUAUGUCUCUGCGUGCAGUUUGAAGGAAGUUGCUAACUGGAGAUGGCACAAUUGCUAACUACUGUUAGUACAAUGACUGGAAGUCUAUGGUAUCAGCUAGCAUGCUAGUAGAUACCAUAGACUUCCAUUCAUUAUAUGGUAUCAGCUAGCAUGCUAGUAGAUACCAUAUACUUCCAUUCAUUAUAUGGUAUCAGCUAGCAUGCUAUGAAGAAUCUCAAAUAUAAAAUAUAUUUGGAUUUGUUUAACACUUUUUUGGUUACUACAUGAUUCCAUAUGUGUUAUUUCAUAGUUUUGAUGUCUUCACUAUUAUUCUACAAUGUAGAAAAUAGUACAAAUAAAGAAAAACCUUGGAAUGAGUAGGUGUGUCCAAACCUUUGACUGGUACUGUAUAUAUAAAACACAGGACAAGUUUUUGUCUCUCCUGGGCCUUUAAAUGCCUGAUCUGUCACCUGUGUACACCUGAUACACACAUCUAACUCUGUCCCCUCUCUCCCCCUCACCCCUUCUCUCCCCUUUACCCCCUCCCCAGUCCUAACCUGACGUGGAGAGAUAUGCAGCACUUGUCCGUGCUGACCUCCAAGAGAAACCAGCUGCAUGACGAGGUGCACCAGUGGCGGAGGAACGGCGUGGGCCUGGAGUUCAACCACCUGUUUGGUUACGGUGUGCUGGACGCUGGCAGCAUGGUCAAGAUGGCCAAGGAGUGGAAGACCGUCCCUGAGCGUUUUCACUGUGUGGCUGGUUCAUUGCAGGAUGUCCAGUAAGUGACCGGGCGCUGUACAGACUGAAUAAAUUACCGACCUGGCUGAAACUAGAAUUAGUACUAAGAUGUAUGUUUGUUUUAAUAGGUUUGUUUGUAUUUAGCUAUGUCUGCUCCAGUGCCUGACUGUGUGGUUCCUCUGUAGUUCGACCCAUAUUGACAGCUCUAUCUGUCUGCAGAAUAGGCCUGUGGGUUACAAAGUGCUGUGAUGCUGAUUACAGUGGGUUCAUCUGGUCUGUGGGGGAUAGGCUCAGUUUUCAUUUGCAAAUUUAGGCAUGACAUGCCAGCAACAAUUGCUGACACUACACAUCCAAGUAUAUCUGACCAAAUUAUGAAAGACAAGCAUUGUCAUUUUGAGUUCCGUAAAGUGAGUGUGAAAGAGGUGAAAAAAUUAUUGUUGUCUAUCAAAAAUGACAAGCCACCGGGGUCUGACAAUUUGGAUGGAAAAUUACUGAGGAUAAUAGCGGACGAUAUUGCCACUCCUAUUUGCCAUAUUUUUAAUUUAAGCCUACUAGAAUGUGUGUGCCUCCAGGCUUGGAGGGAAGCAAAAGUCAUUCCACUACCUAAAAAUAGUAAAGCCCCCUUAACUUGCUCAAAUAGCCGACCAAUUAGCCUGUUACCAACCCUUAGUAAACUAUUGGCGAAAAUUGUGUUUGAACAGAUACAAUGCUAUUUUGCAGCAAACAAAUUGACAACAAACUUUCAGCAUGCUUAUAGAGAAGGACAUUCAACAAGCACAGCACUUACGCAAAUGACUGAUGAUUGGCUGAGAGAAAUUGAUGAUAAAAAGAUUGUGAGGGCUGUUUUGUUAGACUUCAGUGUGGCUUUUGGCAUUAUCGAUCAUAGUCUGCUGCUGGAAAAACGAAUGUGUUAUGGCUUUAUUCCAUCUGCUAUAUUGUGGAUACAGAGUUACCUGUCUAACCGAACACAGAGGGUAUUCUUUAAUGGAAGACUCUCCAACAUAAUCCAGGUAGAAUCAGGAAUUCCCCCAGGGCAGCUGUCUAGGCCCAUUACAUUUUUCAAUCUUUACUAAUGACAUGCCACUGGCUUUGAGUAAAGCCAGAGUGUCUAUGUAUGUGGAUGACUCAACACUAUAAAUGUCAGCUACUACAGCAACUGAAAUGACUGCAACACUUAACAAAGGGUUGUAGUUAGUUUCAGAAUGGGUGGCAAGGAAUAAGUUAGUCCUAAAUAUUUCUAAAACUAAAAGAUUGUAUUUGGGACAAAUCAUUCACUAAACGCUAAACCUCAACUAAAUCUUGUAAUAAAUAAUGUGGAAAUUGAGCAAGUUGAGGUGACUAAACUGCUUGGAGUAACCCUGGAUUGUAAACUGUCAUGGCCUAAACAUAUUAAUAAUAAAAAAGUGCUGCUCUACCUUCUUAACAGCACUAUCAACAAGGCAGGUCCUACAGGCCCUAGUUUUGUCACACCUGGACUACUGUUCAGUCAUGUGGUCAGGUGCCACAAAAAAGGACUUAGGAAAAUUGCAAUUGGCUCAGAACAGGAUGUACAUAGAGAGCUAAUAUUAAUAAUAUGCAUGUCGAUCUCUCCUGGCACAAAGUGGAGGAGAGAUUGACUUCAUCACUACUUGUGUUUAUGAGAGGUGUUGACAUGUUGGGUGCACCGAGCUGUCUGUUUGAGCUACUGGCGCACAGCUCGGUCACCCAUGCAUACCCCACAAGACAUGCCACCAGAGGUCUCUUCACAGUCCCCAAGACCAGAACAUACUAUGGGAGGCUCACAGUACUACAUAGAGCCAUGACUACAUGGAACUCUAUUCCACAUCAAGUAACUGAUGCAAGUAGUAAAAUUAGAUUUAAAAAAAAAAACAGAUUAAAAACACCUUAUGGAACAGCAGGGACUGUGAAGCAACACAAACAUAGGCACAGACACAUGCAUACACACACACGAUAACAUACGCACGAUACACACACAUACACAUGGAUUUUUGUACUGUAGAUAGGUUGUAGUGGUGGAGUAGGGGCCUGAGGGCACACAGUGUGUUGUGAAAUUUGUGAAUGUAUUGUAAUGUUUUAAAAAUUGUGUGAACUGCCUUAAUUUUGCUGGAAGCCAGGACGAGUAGCUGCUGCCUUGGAUCAUGUAUACAAAUACAUGAUCCAUCACUACCUGUUACAGCUGUGUGUCUGCCCCUGGUCUCCCCUUCGCUCUCUUUCUCAUCCACUGCAUCUGCAGCUUUGGGCUUCUGUGUCUCUCUGUGUGAGGUUCACACGCACGCACGCAGACACACUAUAAUCAGAUCACAUCGCUUGGAAUACCUUGCCUUAGCAACACUGUCAAUUUGACCGAAUGACAAGCAUGGAGGGACAUCAUCAUACCUGUGGGUGUGUGGGUGGAUUCUGUGUGUGUUUGGGGACCCUCUAAUAGAAUAUCAACCCUCUCAUUUUCCUUCCUAAUCGGUGGUCCAUAGUAGUGAUGGCCUCCGCUAACACAGCAGAAUGGCAAUUACCCUUGGCCACAUCCAGAGAGUGUGUGUGUCUCCCUCAGAGGAGCCCAGUCAUGGCAGAGUCAAUUGUUUGUGUGUGUUAGUGUGUGAAGAUAAGGCGUGUAUCUGAGCCCCUGUAAUGACCGCCUUUACGUCCAGGGUAGAGGAGGCUGCUGUCAACCAGCAGGCCUGAGCAGAACAACAGAGAACCCUGGGGAACACAUUUUUUAUUUUACUAGGCAAGUCAGUUAAGAACAAAUUCUUAUUUACAAUGACGGCCUACACCGGCCAAACCCGGACAACGCUGGGCCAAUUGUGCGCCGCCCUAUGGGACUCCCUGUCACGAUCGUCGUAAGCAACGGACCAAGGCGCAGCGUGAUAUGCGUACAUCUUUUAAUGAGUACUUUAAACACGAACAACAAAACAACAAAACGAUACGUGAAGUCCUAAGGUUAACAAACACAAACCUCUCCGGAACAAGAUCCCACAAAUGACAAGUGCAAAACAGGCUGCCUAAGUAUGGUUCCCAAUCAGAGACAACGAGCCACAGCUGUCUCUAAUUGGGAACCACCCUGGCCAACAUAGAAAUAAACAAUCUAGAAAGAAACACAUAGAAACUACACACCCUGGCUCAACAUUUAAGAGUCCCCAGAGCCAGGGCGUGACACUCCCAAUCACUGCCGGUUGUGAUACAGCCUGGAUUCAAACCAGGGGGUCUGUAGUGACGCCUCAAGCACUGAGAUGCAGUGCCUUAGACCACUGCGCCACUAGGGAGCCCAAUACGGCAGAAAUCACAAGCGUUCAUUAGUGUGGAAACCCUUUACACUUAAAGUGGAACUGACAGCGUUUAGCAACAUUACAUCGUAAUAAAAUCUGUUUAUAUACACCCCCAGGAGGACACCUUUUAUUACGUUUUCUGACAAACUAGCACUUGGACAUGGUCAUUUUCACGUUUUCAUAAAUUCAUAGAAUAUUUGGGAACGAUAUAUCAAUAUAGAGUGGGAAGCGGCCGUGCAUUGCUGCCUGCCAUAAAAUAAGGGACAGAGUCUGACAGACCAACCAACCUGCACAUGUCCUCUGUGCCAUUGUUAUUGUUAUGUAUGGUUAUUUUGACCCUUGAUUAUUGUUGUUACUGAUUGUCCCGUUGACAAUCUUGAUUAUUAUUAUUUUAAAUAUAUUAAUAUUUUAAAUGUAUCACUUAAUCUCCAAAGUACGCUUUGGCAAUAUGUACAUUGUUACGUCAUGCCAAUAAAGGAGAGAGAGAGAGAGAGAGAGAGAGAGAGAGAGAGAGAGAGAGAGAGAGAGAGAGAGAGAGAGAGAGAGAGAGAGAGAGAGAGAGAGAGAGAGAGAGAGAGAGAGAGAGAGAGAGAGAGAGAGAGAGAGAGAGAGAGAGAGGAGAGAGAGAGAGAAUAUCCGCGGACAGGGCCAACAAGGCAGGAUAUAACCCCACCCACUUUGCCAAAGCACAGCCCCUCACACAUACAGGGAUAUCAACAAACCACUAACUUACAAGGCUGAGUAAAGCCCACGAAGAUCUCCUUCACCACAUGACCAAAAGUAUGUGGACACCUGCUCGUCGAGCAUCUCAUUCCAAAGUCAUGGGCAUUAAUAUGGAGUUGGUCCCCCCUUCGCUGCUAUAACAGUCUCCACUCUUCUGGGAAGGCUUUCCGCUAGAUAUUGGAACAUUGCUGCGGGGACUUGCUUCCAUUCAGCCACAAGAGCAUUAGUGAGACGGGCACUGAUGUGGGGCGAUUAGGCCUGGCUGGCAGUCGGCGUUCCAAUUCAUCCCAAAGGUGGUCGAUGGGGUUGAGGUCAGGGCUCUGUGCAGGCCAGUCAAGUUCUUCCACACAGUUCUCGACAAACCAUUUUUGUAUGGACCUCGCUUUGUGCACGGGGGCAUUGACAUGCUGAAACGGGAAAGUGCCUUCCUCAAACUGUUGCCACAAAGUUGGAAGCACAGAUUCAUCUAGAAUGUCAUUGUAUGCAGUAGCGUUAAGAUUUCCCUUCACUGGAACUAAGAGACCUAGCCCGAACCAUGAAAAACAUCCCCAGAUCAUUAUUCCUCCUCCACCAGACUUUACAGUCGGUACUAUGCAUUUGGGCAGGUAGCAUUCUCCUGGCAUCCGCCAAACCCAGAUUCGUCCGUCGAAGUGAUUAAUUACUCCAGAGAACCUGUUUCCACUGCUCCAGAGUCCAAUGGCGGUGUGCUUUACACCACUCCAGCCGACGGUUGGCAUUGCGUAUGGUGAUUUUAGGCUUAUGUGCGGCUGCUCGGCCAUGGAAACCCAUUGCAUGAAGCUCACGACAAACAGCUAUUGUGCUUCCAGAGGCCGUUUGGAACUUGGUAGUGAGUGUUGCAACCAAGGAGAGAUUAUUUUUACGCGCUACGCGCUUCACUUGGCGGUCAAGUUCUGUGAGUUUGUGUGGCCUAUCACUUCGUGGCUGAGCUGUUGUUGCUCCUAGACGUUUCCACUUCACAAUAACAGCACUUACAGUUGACCGAGGCAACUCUAGCAGGGCAGAAAUUUGACAAACUGACUUGUUGGAAAGGUGGCAUCCUAUGAUGGUGCCACGUUGAAAGUCACUGAGCCAUUCUACUGCAAAUGUUUGUCUAUGGAGAUUGCAUGGCGGUGUGCUCAAUUUUAUACACCUAUCAGCAACGGGUGUGGCUGAAGUAGCCGAAUCCACUAAUUUGAAGGGGUGUCCACAUACCUUUGUAUAUAUAAUGUAUUUUUGACUGAUAUUAUGAUUGUCUGUUUCAUAUCUGCAAAGUAGUUAAAACGCUGUCAGUUCCACUUUAAGCACAGAGAGAGGAAACAAAGAUAGUCUGUGGGUGGAAUGUGCUGUGCUCAUACAUGGGUUGUUAUAGUCAAAUACAGUGCCAUAGCCAUCUUCAGCCACAAGUGUCAUGAUAUUAUAGAAAACAUAAUGGAUAAUGUUGUUUGUUGUUUGAGUUCUUUGUAGUUCCAAUACUGGGAGAUUCAGAGAUGGCAGAGAUGCCAGAUCUGUCCCAGUUUGAAAUGGAGAGGAUUUUUUAUCAGAGCGUUAUUUUAGGCUAAAAUGAGCACCGCAGCACAGCACAAUCAAGACUCCAUCUUCUCUAAUUGCAACCUCACAGAGCAGCAGUCCCCAUUGUGACAAAGAGCUCAUUAUAAUGCAGAACAUCAGGACUGGAUAGCCCCCCUGAUAAUGGAAAGUGUAUCACAAACAAACACACACACACACACACACACACACUACUCAACAUCAGUGACUCCUGUGUGUGUUCUGCCCUGCUACCUGGUUCAGAACUUCUCAUUAUCAAUCCUGCUGCUGUAGUGGGGUCAGCUCGACUAGGGUUUGGAAUUUUUCCUCUCGGCUGGUCUCUCCUUUUAGACAGCUCUCCUCUCCAUUCUCCUCACCUCUGUGUGUUUUAUGACCAUAGGGAUUAAAUUACUGUUUUUUUCCCAUUCACUUUGGCACCUUUUCAGAUAUAAGUGGUAUUUUUUCAAAACUCUAAGUACAGAACUGAUAACACUUGUAAUGGCCACUGUCUUAUGUUCAGAACCUUUGAUUGUGCAUUAACACAUAUUAGCAGUCACUCUUAUCCAGAGCGACUUACAUGAGCAAUUAGGGUUAAGUGCCUUGCUUAAGGGCACAUCGACAGAUUUUUCACCUAGUCGGCUCGGGGAUUAGAACCAGCGACCUUUCGGUUACUGGCACAACACUCCUACCCACUAAGCUACCUGUCGCCCUGAGUCAUUCAUGCAAAAUCUAAGUUUUCCAUGAAAUACCUUGAGCGCAUUUAGUUUAGUCACCAAUACAUCAGAUAAUGAUAGGCUGACCAUUUAGUCAUUUUAACUACCAUUUAAUCCAAAAGCAAAAAAUACAAGAUACCCAUUUCAAAACUGUUCUUUUUGAAGUGCUGAAUAGAAAGCAUAGUAGAUGGUAAAUAUAUUUUCCCAUACAGUAUUUGACUAUAACUUGAUAUGCAAUUUUUUAUAUCCAAUGGCAGGGUGUGAGCAUGUUGAGGAAUAUGUCAGUCUUACAGUUGUAUUAUCCUUAUACAGUACAUACAUAGAAUAAAUAAUCACAAAUAGGGGUAUUGUAAAGCAGUUGGCUACUGCCAACAUAUAGCACGGUGCCCCAUGCACAUUGUACAAUGUCCACAUUCUACAAGAUCACCUUUUCUAUGUGACUUGUCAACUGAUACAGUAUCGUGUGUCUCUGUGCUGGAGACGAAAUUGACGAGUGGAAUAUAUUGUUAUAUACAACCCAGGUAUUUCAGCAGUGCAUUACACUAGACUCUUUCCACUUUGUCCUAUUGAAGCACACUGACUGAUGGAGAAUGAUGAUGUAGUAAAAAUUGUUCGUCCUCAGCUGCAACACUCACUACCGAGUUCCAAACGGCAUAUGGAAGCAACGUCAGCACAAUAACUGUUCGUCGGGAUCUUCAUGAAAUGGGUUUCCAUGGCCGAGCAGCCGCACACAAGCCUAAGAUCACCAUGCGCAAUGCCAAGUGUCGGCUGGAGUGGUGUAAAGCUCGCUGCCAUUGGACUCUUGAGCAGUGGAAACAAGUUCUCUGGAGUGAUGAAUCAUGCUUCACCAUCUGGCAGUCUGAUGUACAAAUCUGGGUUUGGCGGAUGCCAGGAGAACGCUACCUGCCCCAAUGCGACUGUAACAUUUGGUGGAGGAGGAAUAAUGGUCUGGGGCUGUUUUUCAUGGUUCGGGCUAGGCCUCUUAGUUCCAGUGAAGGGAAAUCUUAACGCUACUGCAUACAAUGACAUUCUAGACGAAUCUGUGCUUUCAACUUUGUGGCAACAGUUUUGGGAAGGUGCUUUCCUGCACAAAGCGAGGUCCAUACAGAAAUGGUUUGUUGAGAUUGGUGUGGAAGAACUUGACUGGCCUGCACAGAGCCCUGAACCCCAUCGAACACCUUUGGGAUGAAUUGGAACGCCGACUGCGAGCCAGGCCUAAUUGCCCAACAUCAGUGCCCGACCUCACUUGCUUCCAUUCUUGUAGCUGAAUGGAAGCAAUUGCCCGCAGUAAAGUUCCAACAUCUAGUGGAAAGCCUUCCCAGAAGAGUGGAGGCUGUUAUAGCAGCAAAUGGGGGGACCAACUCCAUAUUAAUGGCCAUGAUUUUGGAAUGAGAUGUUCGACGAGCAGGUGUCCACACACUUUUGGUCAUGUAGCGUAUUAUGUAUUCGUGCACACACACGCAGAUACACACACACACACACACACACACACACACACACACACACACACACACACACACACACACACACGUUUAUUUUACUAUCAUUGUGGGGAAAAAAAUAUUGAUUCCCAUUCAAUAUCAUAUUUCCCCUAACCCCUAAACCAAACCCUAUCUCUAACCCUAAACCUAACCUUAACUCCAAAACCUAACCCUAAUUCUAGCCCUAACCCUAAUUGUAACCCUAACCCUAAACCUAAAAUAGCCUUUUUCCUUCUGGGGACCGGCAUAAUGGCCCCGCUUAUCCAAAUUUUCCUUGUUUUACCCUGCUUGUGAGGACUUCUGGUGACCACAAGAAUAGUAAACCCACAUUCUGCUUUUUAAUGAUGGAUACUGUCAUAUCAGUGCAGAAUUCAAUAUCCCUCUUGUCUCAAGAUGUGAUGUGAUCCAGUGACAUUUUGGUGGCAGACAGGUGCCACUGAUGAGGUUCACAGUUCACCUCAUUACCUUCUCAGCUGAGCCACCCGGCUGAAAUGCAUUCUAGGUUAUGGCUCUACAGGAUACAGUUACAUCACAGCAUCUACAUAGUGGCCUGAAACGGGUUCAUACAUUAACUUUUCUCUCACGUUGUAUUUCUAUUGUGAGGUACAUUGCAAUACAAAACGUGUAUGAAUAGUGCUCUAACAUUUAUUUAUCAUUAUCAAUGAUAAAAUCUAUGAAAAACAUUAGUUUUGAAGGUAUUGUUGAUAAUAUCCCAUAUAACCUUUCAGAAAACAAGAAAAGCGCUCGACAAAUUCAGUGUUAAAUUCAUUAACUUUAUGUCAGAGCCAUAACAGCAUCCAUCAUGUUUUCUGUGAAACCACAUGAUGGUGUAUUGUACUGAAUCCCAAUGACUCACCAAAUCACCCCUAAUAUGACUAUCUCACCAUCGGACCUCAGCACUCUCCUAUCCUCUGUGCUCAGCAUAUUAUUCUACCAAAGUGCUUCCAAGAACACUUCGCUCUCUCUCUGUCUCUCUGUCUCUCUGUCUCUCUCUCGCUCUCUCUCUCUCUCUCUCUCUCUCUCUCCCUCAGCUAAUCUGACAGCGCAGUAAUGGCCCAGAGAUAUGGCCCAUAACUCUAAUAAUGACAUUAGGUCCACUUUAUCCCCAUCAUCCUCUCCUCAGCUCAGCUUCUCCAUCUCUCUCUCUACCCAGUGGUCCACCCUGCCCUAAUGAGCUCUCAGCCCCCUCAACCCCUUACCACAAAGCACGGUUCCUGUGUGUGCAUGCUCGUAAGACUUUGGCUGGGGACCCUCAUCUGGACAAGGCGAUCUCCCUGCACCAGUUCUCUGCCAUGGGUCAUAUAGGAAGGAAGAUAAUAGAAUUCUCAGGCGGUCCAAUAUGACUGUGGGUUGCUACUGUAGGUCCUUGUAACCCUGGAGGGAUGAACAGUGAAAGGCUGUGGUUGUGAUUGUGUGGCUCAGUAGAGCAUGGCACUUGCAACGUCAAGGGUUGUGGGUUUGUUUCCCGUUAGGGAAAAUGUAUGCACAGAUGACUGUAAAUCGCUUUGGAUAAAAGCGUCUGCUAAAUGGAAUAUAUUGUAUUAGUAGAGCCUGUUGCUUUUGACCAGAUGGAGAAAAAAAACUGUUAUAAGGAGUUAAAUUGAGUUUUUCCAUUUUAUUCUGUCCUUUUCUUGUUUUAAAAUCCAUACAUUACUUACAAUGCAAGUUCAAUGUUUAAAAAGCAAAAAAAGCAGAAGUCCCCUUCAAUCCUAAAUAUUACAUAGCAUAGUAAUAAUAUGCCAUUUAGCAGACGCUUUUAUCCAAAGCAACUUACAGUCAUCUGUGCAUACAUUUUUACGUAUGGGUGGUCCCGGGGAUCGAACCCACUACCCUGGCGUUACAAGCGCCGUGCUCUACCAGCUGAGCUACAGAGGAUGUUGAAUACAUUUCAUGAGAUUAUUUUUAAUUAUAUAUCAUGAAGACCACUGACAUAUUUCUAAAAUCGACCUAGAUUGUUUAUUUAUCCAUUUAUUAAUAUCUGUGUGUGAACCAUAUGGUAGUCAAUAGGAGGCAGGCUCUGUCAUAGUAUUGUUCUUUCCAAGGUGGUCCUAGUGGCUGUCCUCAGGGUGUCUCCAUGGAGUUCUACCGUGCUACACUCUCUCAUUUUCCUCCAUUCAUUAUUCACCACUUAGUCAUUCACAUUUUCACAACAGUUCUUGCUUAUUCAGAAAGGGCUAGAAUAUUAUUCUGUGUAUUUUUCAGCCAGUCUCUCUGGGCAAGGUUAAUGGUGUUGUCGAUGGUAUUGCCUCUGGCACGAACAGUGAUGUGUCCUUGAGAGAAACAUCGUCUUAAAGCAUUUUGAAAUGCAUGAGUUAUUUCAGGUACUAUAGUAUUUAAAACGUUAAUACAAUUGCAUAUUUUAUGAUGUAGAAAUGCUUUAUUUUGAUAUAUCAAGUGAAUCUCAAUCUCCAAUAAUGAAUGCCAGCUAAGAUAGCGGUAGCAGGAAGGUAACAUAUUCUAGUCUAAGCCUAACCAAAAAAGCCCACGCUUAGGUUUCUUAGAAUAAUUUCAUGGCAAAGCAAGCAUGGUUUCUAUCAUUGUUGUGUUUCCGUGGGGGAGCAAGAUUUGAGGCAGCAGUAGUGCUCUGUCAGGGUCUGCUGGGUCCAUGCUAAGUAGGUCAGGUAAUAGAAGGAGCUUUGAGGACAGAGGUCUAGACAGACUGGGCUAUGGUAAAUACUCUGCACUCGCAGGCUGAGUCUCAGAUUUAAUUAGAUACAGGGACACCUGUGGUCUCAUGGAGCUGACCAGAAUACUGAUUAUGUUAUUAUUUCUCUCUCUGUCAUUCUGUUUCUUCCUCUCUCGCCUCUCUCUAUUCCUUAAUACGUUUUUGUAUGUUUUGUUAACUCUAUCUUCCUGUUUUCCUUUCUCCAUCUCCUGGUAUUUCUGUCAUUCUCUGACCCUUCCUUUCCCACCUUUCAUCUUCUGUCUCCCUUUCAUCCCUCUUUCCAUCUCUCUCCCCCUGUUGUCCCUUUUCAUUAUCCUCCCUUUAUCACCCUUUGUCCUUUGUUUCACUUGACUCUUCUUUUGCCUUCACCUUCCUAAUCCUUCUCUCCCUCCACCCCCCCCCCCCACCCUCCCUUCAGUAAGAUCCAGUCGGGUGACAAGCUGAUCCUGGCCAUCUCCACUGACUCCUGCCAGGGGAAGGACAACUUUGUCCGCUACCUGGAGCACGUACAGGCCGUGGUCACCGUCAACGGUAGUCGCCGUGGUGACCUCAACAUCAACAUGACCUCCCCCAUGGGCACCAAGUCCAUCCUGCUGAGCUGCCGGCCCCGGGACGACGACGCCAAAGUGGGCUUUGACAAGUGGCCCUUCAUGACCACACACACCUGGGGAGAGGACCCCCGCGGGACCUGGGUCCUGGAGGUGGGCUUCCAGGGAGACGAGCCACAGAGAGGGGCCCUGAAGGAGUGGACCCUCAUGCUCCAUGGAACACAAAGUGCCCCUUAUAUAGACCAGAUAGUGCACGACUAUCAGUCCAAACUAGCCAUGUCAAAAAAGGAGGAGCUGGAGGAAGAGCUGGACGAGGCAGUGGAGAGGAGUCUGAAGAGCCUGCUGAGUAAAAACUAG